GGCAGGUGCCAGCAGCAAGCACUAAGGUGAGUAUUGAGUAACACAUAGAUCUGAAUAGAGAAUAUUUAGGAAGGGGCAUAGAAUAGAAAAAUGUUUGCAAACUAAAAAUGUCUCUUUGGACAGAAUGCCUUUGGAACUUGUUAUAUCUGUUGGUGAAAUGUAGUUUAUUGUUUGCAUUUAUUACGACAGUUUUCUGUGUUUGAAAAUAUAUAUUCUCCUUCAUUUAGACUAAAUCUAUCAUUUUGGGACAAAAAAAAAAACCUGCAGAAGUAUAUAGAAAACUUUACUGAGUGAAAUUGUUAAAAAAAAAAAAAUAGGCACAUCCACGAGAUUUGGGAUACUUGUUUCAUAAAAUGCAAUUUUAAAUUAUGUAUAUUGUCAAACACUGCAGGCGUAUAUAUCCUUCAUUUUUAUAUGAAUUCAUUUUGGCUGUAGCAUUUUUUGUCUGAAUAAAUAUAUGUAAUAUCUUUCAUCACUUUUACAUUUUACAUUUUCUGGGAUUAAAAUCAAACGAUUCCGAUUGUUGGCGCUAUAGAAUGCACAGACUCAUCAAUUCUGAGGAUGUAACUGCUUGAGAGCAUUUACUUAUUUUUUUCUCCUUAACAUUUUGUUUUAAACUUCUUACAGUUUUAUAACAAAAUAUAAAUACAGAUAUAUUUUUAUAUAUAAUAUAAGUAUUGAUGAUUAAUUCUGAUUUAAAUACUCACGUGAUAUUCAAUUUCAUAUCGUAUUCUAAUUUUGUUUUUGUUCUUUUUAUGCAUACUCCAUAAAACUGUCCUUGGAAACUAACAGAUCAAAUUCUAAAAUGCUAUUCUGGUCUGAUGACUAUAUAUAUAUAUUUGUGGUCGGGGACAAGAAGCCGAGUUAUGUUAGUGGUGCACAAGUCGGUUGUAGUGUGCCGAAACUGACAUUCGGGUAGGCCUAUAAAUAGAGAGCAAAACGUUAAUAGUUUAAAGGACCACUAUAGUGCCACGACAACAAACUCCCGCCGGGCUGAGGAAGGGGGUUCAUUCUUUUGAAUUUACAUUUUUCAAGUCACCACGUAAGUGACUGGCUUUACGAUACUACCUCUUUUCUUACAACAACCACAUGCUCUACAGAACUUAUCUUUAGAUUGGUCUGACUGUUAGGGUACCCUAAGUAGCCAUAAGUAGUUUUCGGCUUCUUGUGCAAUUAUAUAACGGCCACCGGACCACCAGGGAGCCCAGGGAAGAGAAGGUAGGCUCUCUCACCCCCCUCACCACCCCAACUCCCUCACCACCACCCUCAGCCUCCCCACCAACCCUUACCACCAGCCUCCCCACCAGCCUCACCACCCUCAGCCUUCCCACCCCCACCAGCCUCACCACCACCCUCAGCCCCCACCCCACCAGUCUCACCACCACCCUCAGCCUCCCCACCAGCCUCACCACCACCCCAACUCCCUCCCACCACCCUCAGCUUCACCACCCCACCACCCUCAGCCUCACCACCACCCCAACUCCCUCACCACCACCCUCACCACCACCUCCCUUCCCACCCCUCCACCAGCCUCACCACCAGCCUUCCCACCCCCCCACCAGCCUCACCACCACCCUUCCCAUCCCCACCAGCCUCACCACCCUUCCCAUCCCCCACCAGCCUCACCACCACCCUCAGCCUUCCCAUUACCCCACCAGCCUCACCACCACCCUCAGCCUUCCCACCACCCCACCAGCCUCACCACCACCCUGCCUCACCACCACCCUCAGCCUUCACCACCCCACCAGCCUCACCACCACCCUCAGCCUUCCCACCACCCCACCAGCCUCACCACCACCCUCAGCCUCCCCCACCAGCCUCACCAACCUCAGCCUUCCCACUCCCCCACCAGCCUCACCACCACCCUCAGCCUUCCCACCCCCCCACCAGCCUCACCACCACCGUCCCACAUUAGGUCCCCCCCUCAUUCUAAUUUAGGGCCCCCACCCACCGCUCAUGGUUGGGGGCCAGGGGGAGGACAAUAAGUCCCCCCCCUUAUUUUGCUUUAGGGCCCCCACCUGCCGUUCAGGAUAGGAGCCGGGGGGGGGGCAAUAGGUCCCCCCUUCAAGUUAGAAACCCCGACUCGCGCGGAACGGGUGGGGGCUUGGGAGGGGGGGGGGGUGUUUUUUUAUUUUUACAGGCUGCUCACUGUUUAAUAGACAUGCCGCGAGUAGGGGCAUAAUUUACUAAUACUAAGUAUUCUUUACUUAGUAUCAGUAAAUUUGGCUGAAGGACCAAUUUAGGUCUUUCAGCCUUUUAUUAGAUAGCUCCCUAAUACCAUAGGAAUUAGGGGUUAUCUACUUAUUCAUUCCUGUCAUUACAUUGACUGGCUAAGUAACUUAUAUUUAUAUUCAUUUUAUAUGAAUGUAUGUUACUUGAUUGUUGUAAGUGUUGCAAAUGCUUACAGCUGAAUCCUGGCUAUGUUUGUAUACUUUUUAUUUAAAAUUGUAUACAAUGUAACAUUCUCCUUCUUUCACUGGGUAAGUAUAAUAGUACUUAGACAAUACUGUACUUCAACACUUUGGAAAUUCGGUAAUUUCGGAACUUCGGGACUUUGGUACUUCGGCUAUUCGGACAUUCGGAAGUACCCGAAUGUCCGAAUUGCCCGAAAUUCGUCUGAAUUCAUAUUCGGACCGAAACGAAUUGCACAUGUCUAAUAUAGGCCAUUAAGGAGGUGACCAGAAUAAAUAAACAACAAGACCCCUGUGAAGUAUAUGUCAAGAGGUGAGGGUACAGUUCACAAAUUAUCAAGUUGAAGAUAGUGACAGAAAGGCAUAAUAUAAAACAUAACAGUGCAGAGAUGUGGAGUAACUGAAAAUGAACAGUUUACAUCAAAAGCUGGUACCAGAUCCCUGAUUGUACCGGAUCUAGGCAUGACUUCCCACUGCACAUUCUUCCACUAGAAGGACCUGAACUAUGAAUGAAAAAGAACACCCUAAGAAAUAACCAAUCAUCACAUUUAAUCAAAUCCCAUAGCGUACUGCAGGAAGCGAAAUAUCAGAACUAGCAAAGGCUUCAAAGUGGAACUACUAAACAGGUAAAAUAGUGUGAGACCGAAAGAGGCCUGGAUAUGUUAAAUGCUUAGUGAUAUGUUCCAAAUUCAUGGGAGUGUUCUCAGAGAGGGCCGUAUGGAAAAGACUUGCAUGGGCCUAACAAGCCAUGUGUAAUAUUGGAAUGUAGGAUGAAAGGUUGUACUUCUUUGACCCUCGUAUAUCAGGAAAUUGACGUAUGUAUUUGCCCAAAUGAGGGGCCUAAAUUGUCGUAGUGCCUGUGGAGGGCCAUGUGUAAACGUAUGGAGUGAAGGCCUAGUGAGGGCCAUGUGUAGCGGUAUUGUAGAGGAAGGCAGAGUGCUCAAUGUUAGUCCUGAGCUGCUGGAUGGAGAAAUAGGGUUGUAUGAGUGGUAUGGAUGUAUGGAACAAACAAAAGAAGGAUAAGCAUACCAAGGUACAGGUGUUGUAAAAUUGCAAAUAGUGAAGCCCUAGUGUUUGCUCCACUCCAUUUGUACAGGUAGGAAUAGUAGUUAGGCUAGAAGGAUGGUAAUGUGGCAUGCAGUGGAGGCUGACUAUAAGGCCCAUGCCAAAGGAUGACCAGUAUACAAACAACACAAUAGAUUAUAUGGUGUCUUAAUGUAGGUGACUUGAGACAUAACAUUGCUAAUACUGUGCAAGAACAAAGUGUCAGUAUGUGUAGUAAAGAUACAAUGUAUAGCAUAAGGGAUUAAUGUACAAUGGAGUUUUGCAGGCCGAGUCAGGGCCGUACAGAUUGGUAUAGGUCUAGCGAGUGUAAGUGGUGUAAUGAAAUGUUGUAAGAUAGAGUGGUAUAUACAUAUAACCCCCAUGAAGCAGGAAGGAACUUAUGCAAAGCCCAAAGGAUGGGCUGAAUUGGUUGUAUUGGGCUGCCCACAGAGGGCCAUUUGAUGAGAAUGAAAUAAAUGCCCAGUAUGGACGCAUGUGAAGGCAUUGAACCUAAAACAAGACCAGGUUAACAUUUACUCACAACCUUGCUACAUGUGAGCAGUUUCAAUAUGAUAUCUAUGAAGGAUAUAAUAAACUUACCUAAAUAGAUAAAGGUGAACGAAGGGCCUAAUGUGAGGUAAAGAUAAUGUACAUAAUGAGGGAUUACAAUUACCUCAUUUAUUGGCCAAAUGAGGGUCUUAAGAAUAAGUAUGUUGUCAGUAACAUGUAGUAUAAUGGGGUAGUAUGCAACCUCUGUAAGACAGAUGUAAUGCAAAUGUAAUGCCCAAAUUAGGUGCUGAAUUAGGACAUGGCAUGUAGCCCACUGUGGGGCAUCUGACCACACAUUGUAAAGGCCUAGGGAGGGCUAUGAGUGGGAAAUUGUGUAUAAUACCAGAAGCUCCCAAUUUGGUUCCUGAGUUACAGGAUGGCUGUGCAGCUGUGUUGGGAUUGAUGCAGGUGAAGGUAGGAUGUGAAUCAGAGAAUUGUUGUGGAGAAGUUGUAUGUAACCAAGACAUGUUGGUGAUGAGAUGGUAGAGAACCUGAUAGAGUUACAAAUAAUCAUCUAGUUUAUAAAAUGGCAAACAGAAUAGAAACCAUAUGUAAACACUUAUAAAGCAUCAUAGAACACAUACCAACGAAGUCAAAUAAAACUGGGUGUCGGCAGACAGAGUCAAAAACGGGAACAGAGGCCCAUGCCUCUAGAAUGCCACAGUGGCUGAACAGGCUAGCAGCUGUGACAGUGACACAUACACAAUACAUAGGAAGAGACAGGAGAUAUUAGACAUACGUUAAAAAGACCUACAUGAGGAAUGCUUAGGAGGAUGAUAAACCCUUAUGCAUACACAGCUGGCACGGAAGAUUAGGGUUGAAAGCAACAGCAAAUGCUAGAACAAUGGAAGAAUAUCUCAGUAAUAUCGACAUCAGCUACAACCUUAAUGCUUAAACUGAACAUGACUGAAUGAGGUUUACGUAAUGCAUUAUUUGUAGACCCUACAAAUAAGACAGUAAAAGUAAUCACAUUACCUGAGCCCAGCCUGAUAUGGCUAUAUAAGAUUAACGCGUGUUCGUGCAACCGAUAAAACGAACGACCUCAUUUUUUAGUGGUCCCAGUAGUGCAUUUACAGUGAUUUGGCUUCCUUCCUUUGAUUUUUUACGCAGCUCUUUUGAUACCGGACACCCUGACACGCAGUACUUAAAUCCAUACUAUUCUACAAAAAGAAUAGAGGCAUAUUACCGGUCCUUAGGCUGGCUGGACUUAAUGCAACUAGAUAGAUCGUAGUGUGAGCCAAGUUUAAAGUAUACAAUAAGCCAAGACGGGUCACAGAUACGAGAUAUCAGAACUGUCGUGAAAUGUUGAGUCAAUAUCCAGAUAAACCAAAUCACUGUAAGUGCACUAUUGGGACACUAAUGACUCACAACAGAGAGAUGUGCUCCAGGGCUUAGGGGUUUUUGAGGGGUUUGUAUAGUGAUUGGCGUUAGUAGUAUAUUGCAUCAUUACAUGCUCCCAAAACAUGAAAGUACUAUAUACUAUUCUCUGGAAUCCCUCGACUUUGAUUCUGGUUACCCUCCCACUAUUUACUUCACCAGGGUAGCGCUAUGCUCAGCCAUUCUAUGGACCGGUAAUAUGCAUCCUUUCUAUGUCUCAGCAAAGUUUUUGGAUUCAAGCAAUACGUGUUGGGUUACCGUUAUACUGUACCAUAUCAAAGCCAAAGAUUGAAUUGUACUCACACUGUAUGAGUAAAUAUUUCUAUCAGGUUUAUUUACUAAAGUUAGAAUUCAAAGUGAAUUCAAAAUAAAUUCCAAAUUUAAGUCCAGAGUAGCUGAACUUAAAGCGUAACAAAUUUUGAGAUUUUUUUCCAAUUCGGCUGUUUUGACCUUGGAUUUGAAAUUCACUUUAAAUUCUUAAUUUAGGUAAUAACCGAGAAUAUCGCCCACCACAUUUUAUGUUUCAUAAUUCUUUACUGCUAACGUUUCCAGCAAUGGAAUCCAGACCUUCUUGGGCCGGAGGUGUGGAUGAACCAGCAGUAACUGUUCUCAGAUCCAAUACCUUCUCCAGAAUGGCCCGUAGAACGAAUCAGAUCGCAGAAGAUGUCACCAAAAUAAAGAAUCGUGUAGACAAGGUGAGAAGAAAACAACGGCAACAUUCAUCUUAUGCGAAUUAAUAAAACAACAUAAAGUGACAAAGUCACAUGUACCAUAAAGAUUGUUUCAGUUAAUUAAUUUCCUGUAUAUGGUCAAUAUAAAUAGUGGCUGUUGCAACUGAACCUGUACUUGCCAAUAUCAAUAAAAAAAUUACAUUAAAGACUGAAAACAGUAAAUAGCAGUUAACAAAUAUGGGCUUGAUUUAAUAUUGUAGGAUAAUUUUUUGUCAUUAUUUUUGGAGAAACUCUAAAAAUUAUGUAAUAUUUUGAACAAUAUUUUCUUUUCUUUUUUAAAUACAUUAAUAUUUUUGUAUAUGUGAAAUAUGUUUUGAUAUUUUAAUAUGUUGAAAAAGUAUAUAUUAAAUCAUUUGAAAAGCGUAUCCAACAAUAUUAAAUCGAGGCCUGUAUUUGAAGCAACUUUUCAGUGACCAUGAAUGCAUUUAGGCCUCGAUUUAAUAAGCUUUCCCAAUGAUCCACUGCUGUUUGAAAAAUUAUCUAAUUAUUUAUCUACAAAAACUCCCAAGACUUAAAUUGUGACUUAUGUAGAUAAAUAAUUUGGAAAAUAUUCUAACAGUAUUGAAUCAUUUCGAAAGCUUAUUAAAUUAAGCCUUGUAUUAGUGAUUACUGGAAGGUUGCUCCGAAUACAGGAAUGCCAAUUCCUGCAUUUUUUUGUUUUAAUUAUUCGUGUUUUUUCACGUAUUUUCAAUAGAUUUUCAUAUAUAUUUUAAUUGAUUAUUUACUCAUUACAUCCACAUUUAUACACAUCUUUAAUAAACAAUCACAUAAGCAAACACAGACAACCACUUUGAUGUCUAGUUUACCAAGCGAUCAACAAAAAUUUCAAAACUUUUCAUGACAAAUUAAAAAAAUAAGUGUUUUUUAAUCUCUUGGAAAAUUUAGCACCAGACACAUUAGCAAUAUAGUAGGUUGCAAUUACUUCCUAAGUGUUUUGCUUUCAGACGAUCCAGACCUUCGAAAGGACGCAGGGCAUACCGAUUAAUAUUCAGAACACCGACAUGGAGAUCCUGGAAGAUUUGGUAAUGAAGAGACGGGUUUUUUCUAAAUUCUAUUUCUAACAGAAAUCAAGGCCUGUAUCUAUGCCAAACUGGCCAUAAUAUGUGUCUGUCUGAUUAUAGUGAAUACUGGGCUAGGCUUUUGAUUGGAUGAGCCAAGUUGUCUAUGAAUUUGUGUACUAAAAUAGAAAAUAAGAUGAUCAUCUCUUAUACUUAAUCACCCAUUUGAAAGGGAUUAGCACAGAAAUGGUGCUUUGAUUAAAAAAAAAAAAAAAAAAACAGCACAUUUUCAUUAUAGAACUGUACCAGACAGAACAGACAAAGAGCUGUACCAGACAGAAUGGACAGAACUGUACCAGACAGAAUGGCCAAAGAGAGACACUUUCAUUUUGUGUGAGUGAAGGGUGUCAAGGGGUGAGGCUGUUCUGAGAAAGUUUAGGUGACUUACUAAUAACAACUUAUACAACUAAACAAUAAUGUAUUUACAUAGACUGAUUUUUAAACACAUUUAUUGUAGUUUAAAGACACAUUACAGUAGGUAUUAUUGCUGUGGAGCUGUAGUAUAAUUCAGAUACACUAAGAAUACUUAGCUUCUAGAAAAUGAACAUUAGGACAGAAAAGAGAAAAAGAGGAAUUUAGUCUCGAAAAUACAGACUGUCCCUCCUAAACUGUCCUGAAACAGCACAAAAAUAGCAGAGCCACUAGGGCUUAGGUUGGGGGGCUUACAAGUGGGUUUUGGUUAUAGUUAGGGGAUGUUUAAUUGUCGUUUAGUUCUUAGCCAGACAUUUAUAGUGCUAAGAAUUGUAAUGUUACUCAUCAUUCUAAAUAUUGCUGCAAUUACAUUGCACCAACUUUAUAUGGAAACGCUAUAAUGACCUUUGCCCAAAAUACUAACACUUACCUAUAACGCUCUAACCAACUCUAGCCCCUCUUACAUUUCUUCACUGAUUCAUAUUAUUCAUGGUAUGCCCCCUCUCAGUCUCUCUCCGCUCUACUGGUGACCUUCUCCUGUCUGCUGCUCGCACCCUUACUGCAAAUUCCCACCUGCAAGACUUCUCAUGGGCAGCUCCUUUGGAACAGCCUGCCUACCAGGCCGGACUGGCCCACUGGGAUACCGGGUCCGAUGGCACACUCUGAGGAGGCCAGCCGCUUUCCACGCUGGUGCCGCCUAGCCGGUCCGGUGGCACACUCACUAAUGCUGACAGCAGUGAGCUGUCAACAUAGGAGGACUUAAGAAGGGAGCAUGUCUCUCUAUCAUGCUCCCUCAUGGUCCCCACAAUUCCCAGCAGAGUGAGUAUUCCCAGUAUUAGUGAGUGUGCCGCCGGACCGGCUAGGCUGCCACCCGGGCCGGCAGCAGCAGCGUGGAACCUGGCAGGCCCCCUCUGACUUCUUUUGGUAAAUGGGAGGGGGGAGAAAGAGACAGAAAGGGAAUAGAGAGACACAAUGGGAGGGGAAGAAAGAAAUAGAGAUGGGGAAUAGAGAGAUACAGGGAAAGAAGGAAGAAAAAGACAGUGGGAGAAUAGAGAGAGACACAGGGGGAGAGGAAGGAAAGAGACAGAGUGGGGAGAGAGAGUGACACAAGGAAAGGAGGGAGAAAAAGACAGAGGGGAAGAGAGAGACACACAGGGGGAGGGGGAGAAAGAGGCAGAGGGGGAGAGAGAGAUACACAAGGAAGUGGGGAGAAAGAAAGAGGGAGAAGAGAGAGACACAGGGAGAGGGGAAAAGAGACAGAGGGGGGAGAGAGAGACAUUUGGAAGGAGAGGGGAGACAUGGACACAGAGGAGCAGUGAGGGGGAGAAAGAAACAGAGGGACUGGGGGGAGACAAAGUGGCACACAGAGCGGCUGGAGGUAGAAAGAGACACACAUAAGGGAUAUAUAUAUAUAUAUGACAUUGAUAUUAAUGUGUGUAUUAGUUAUAUAUAUAAUUAUGCCUAUAAUAUUUACACAUAUAUUAAUGUACAUUUAUAUAUGCAUAAUACACAGAGAAAUGUCAUUAAUAUGUACCAUAUGUAAUGAGCAGAUAUUGGCCCAGUCUUGUUGCUAGGUGCAUACUCCAGCACAAUAACAUAUUUAAAGUGAAGAGCACACCCACAGGACUUCAAAAUAAACAAGAUAACGUCAUUUUUUUACAGCUGUGCACUACAUACAUUCACCACUUCAGUCCCAUUACCAAACUUUCCUUAAUAUGUCAAGGUAGUUGGUUACAUGCAAAGGCACGUCUGCUUAAAAUAAAUCUGCACUUUUGUUUAUUUUGAAGCCUAUGAGUGCUUUUUUCAUGUUGGAGUAAUAAUUCUACCAGACAACCACUAGAGGGACUUCUGGAUGGUCAGGCGACUAUUGGUUGCCUAACUGAUGUUAGGCAAUGAGGACAUCCAGCGUCACUAUAGUUCCCUUUAAAUUUUAAAUUCACUUUGAAUAUCCCUGUUAGUAUUUAGAACAAGGCACGGGAGCUCUAGGGGACUGUGCAGGAAAACAAUGGAGACUUUCAAGAGGAUACAUGUUGUAGAGUUGUUCCAAGACCCCAGAUUUUGAACAACAGUUACAGCGCCUUUAAAUAGUUCUGACAGCUUGCAACUCAGACGUAAACAAUGAGCGAAGAAGCAUGGGGCAGGCUGCCUAAAUAUUAUAAAUGACAAAGGCAUUUGUGAUUCUUCCAUUUCUUUGGCCUGCAGUUUGUCCAUAGACUUUGGGUAAUUCUAGGAAUACAUGCAGAAUACAUAUGGAAUUCAUAGGAAGACCCUAGAACCUUGUGCAUCUUCCAGGAUAAGUGUUCUUCUAUGGCAGACUGGCGUGCGUGCUCUGACUACAAUGACAAAAUUGCAAUAACCUGUCGAGGCUGGGGUGACUGAGCAGAAAGCAGACUGAGAGCAGAUUCCAGGUCAUAAUGUGGUGACUCUUUGGUAUUACACUCACAUCUGUAUAAACUUUAAAUACUCUUCACAGUCAUGCAAACUUUUCAACAGUAUAUAUUUUUCUCUGUAGGACGAGCUGCAAAACAUCUUAAGAGAUCAUACCCAGAGGCGGAGAUAUCAGCAGAAGGUCACCGUCUUCAUUGUGGGUUAUCAGGAGGCCUGUGGUCAGAGAAGGCACUUACUGACACAGCUGCAGGAGGUAUCCAAUAGGGCUAUGGCACAACUGUAAAUCAAGAUGGGGUCACGCUAGAUCGAAUUUGCAACUAAUCCAAGUUGCACCCAAUUUAGAUAUUUUUCACCAUAAUCAGAUGACUUGCUUGAUGUGACAAUUUUCUCAGUUAAGGUAUUCACUAAUUUGUAUCUUUACAAACUUGCUCACGAGACCAAAACCUUAAGAGAAACAAAAGCAGUUAUUCAAUAAUCUGGCCUUGCCUGAGAAUUAGCAAGCGAAACUAGCCAAGCUGGAAGAAUGGUGAAAUUCCAAAUUUGCUCUAUCGAUAUAAACUUUGCAAUUCCCUGUUUAGCCAACAACUCCAGUGUUCCCUGCCAAAUGUACUUGAUGUUUUUUAAUUCUCACUAAUUUGUUAACAGCUGGGUCUAUUUAUUUUUUUUUGAAUUCUUUAUUUUUGGAGUGCAUGAAAAUAUAACAAGAGGGCUCUACAUGCCCCAACAGCAAUGACAAGUAUAUAACCAGACAUAUGUUAACAGUUGGUCAGCAUGCGUAAAGAUCAGCACAAUUUUUAUAUAACAACAUAAACAGAUUUAGCGUUCCUGUCUAACCGAUUAAUGCAUAACAUGCUUGUUAGCAGGAACUUUUCUAGAGAUGCUGGGUGAAUGAUUGCGGUCCAAUAGAGAGUGAGUGCUUACUGCGAAAAGGUAGGUCAUUUAGUGUGAGAUGCCUCUCCACGUACGAUACCGAUUGAGAAAUAGUAAAAUAAUAGAAAAUUGAACAAGCAUACUUCUAAGCAAGUUAGGUACACAAAAUGCUAUGAUGUUCGGUAAGAUAAGUUAGUGUUUCUGCAAUAUGUGAGCAUGUUGUGCCAUGUUUUGUAGACAGCCUGGAUAUGAGACUAGUCGAUUGAGAGAACUUAUUUAAGCUCAUUACCGGUCUAACAUUAAUGUAUGCAUGCAUUGAUGACUGUAUAGACAGUCUAGUACAUGUUGCUGAUGAUUAGAGAGAGUAAACAGGUACAUCCGGUUCUGCUGUGUCCCCAUAGUAUAUGCAAUCGCUUUGGUUAUAAACGAGUGCAUGGCUUGGGAUCUGGUUAGAAACAGUGACUAAAAUAACUAAUUAAAAUUAGAAUUCUAAGAAGAUCUAAACUGACACUGUUUCAUGUAUGCAUGUUCCGAGACCAGGUGAGAGGAUCGCUUACCUCCUUGGUAGGAGUGGGUUGGCAGACCUAGCAGCCGCUAUAAAUUGGCUGUAUGAGUGGGCAGCGGCCCUAACGGUGAUUAUGAUGGGGCGCUAAGUAGUGGUUUUUGUGGCGUGUACCAUUAAGCCUUCCUGGUUAUGAGAGGAGGGUGGCUUGCUGCCGCGCCUUCCCUAACCCAAAGGUUGCGCUAUUUGGAACGGGGGGGGUGGCGGUGGGAGUGCUCUCUGCAGCAGCAAGAUGGGCAUGGGGGUCUGUCCUGCGUGUAGGGUACGUUAGCGUUGUAAGAAACACCCAACAGUUUCACAAAAUACUAGGAAAACAAAACAAGUCAAAAACAAAAGUUAAGAAUAGAGAAAAUAAAAACUCUGUAACUAGGGGUCAUACGGUCUGUUGGAGUCCAGUGGCUCCUUAGCCAGGUGGUUCUAUCCUUCAUGUCCCUGUGUUUCAGUCUGUGGCAGCGGUGGAGCGCGGCACAAAUGGGACUAUGUUGGGGACGUCCCAGGAGCAGUUAGGGGUCGGGUUAGAGGAGUCUAUUGCUUUAAGUCCUAAUUUACCAAGGAAAGUUUCUGCGUUUUCUGUCGAUGUCAGUCGAUAAGUUGCUGCUCCCUUUGUAACUAAUAGCACUGAUGAGCCCCAGCGGUACCUAAUUCCAGCCGCUCUGAGGGUCUUGGUGACUCGCUGCACUGACCGUCUCCAGGUCAAAGUAGCUCUGCAAAGGUCCUGCAGGAAGGUGAGCUGCAUGCCUUCGAAGUGGUAUGGGCUCUGGCCGCCGAGCGCCGCCAUCACCGCCAUUUUGUCCCGGGUAGACUGUAAGCGGAGAAGGACGUCGCGGGAGGCCUCCGUUGGAGCUCUUGGUGACUUUGGGAGUCUGUGUACGCCCUCCACUAGCACAGUCUUCGCCUGCUUAGGGUUGAGAAUUGUGGCUAAGAGGCGUCGGGUAAGUUGUGGCAAUUCAUUGUCGUCUAUGGAGUCGGCAAUGCCUCUAAUUUUUAUGUUGGAGCGGCGUCUUGCGUCGUCUAGGCCGUCUAGUCGUGCCAGUAAUGCCUGGUGUGAGGACUGGAGGUGUGUUAGCUUCUCCUCCGUUGCUUGCUGGCGUUCUGCCAUAGCAGUUAAGUCUUCCUCGGCAACCCUCACUCUGCCAGUGACGGCGGUCACUUCCUCCUGCAAAAUCGCCAUGUCUGAGCGGAAUAGGGUGCGCAGGUUCUGUAGUAUAUUCAGGAUGUCACCCUUGGUGGCCGGAGCUCGCAGGUCACCCAUUGCUAGGCUCGAGAUGGGGUCUGUAGCCUCUGGUAUGGGAUCUGGAGCAUCCAGUGUUUCCUCAUCUGAGGAUGAGCUUUGGGGAUCUGGGGUCGCCGCCAUUUUAGGUUUAGGCCUCGCCAGGAAGAGAUCUCCUAUUUUCCGAGAUCCGUCCUCAGGGUGAGUUUUUAACUUUUUAUUUCUUUUCCCCAUGGUGUCGUUGAGUGUGGGGGCUGAGAAGUAGUCGGGUUGUCUCCGUGCGGAUCGAUUAAUCUGCAUAUAUCUCCGUUAUUGCUCGGGAGCUCCGCAGGCAUGCGACUGCUCUCGGUGCGAUCCAGGCCACGCCCCGGGUCUAUUUAUUAAUAACCAAAUUGUAGAGAAUUGAAAACCAAAUCGCAUAAUGUAAGCGACAAGCUGUGACUAUAGUGGAAUUAAAGAAUUAUCCGAUGAACAUUUUCUGCUUACCUUUUGCAAUCUACUUCACAAUUCACGGCAGUUAGAUGUUUAGCUGAAUAAACAUCACAGAUUUCUUGACAAAUUGUAUAUAGAACUAUGGAGUUUUAUAUCUGUAUCAUUGGAGCUCUUUAUAACAAACUUAACACUAACUGAUAACUAUAUAUCUAUCUAGUUUUUCAGCCUGUAUUCGAAGAUGAGUGAAGAGAAGGAAGACUAUGAUUCGGAGGAUUAUGGUGUGGAUCUGGAUGGGAUUGUCUAUCAGGUAAAAUCAAUGUCACUAUUUUUAACAAAAAAUAAAUAAAUACACAAAUACCACAUUCCUCCUCUCAGUGACUGGGCAAUAUAAACCUCUAUUCUAACAUUCCAUAGUAUUAAAGGGCCACUUUAAGCAAUGUAACCACUACAGUGCGCUACAAAGACUGAUCUGUCACAAGGGUCAGGAACAUGGGUGUCUGGUUUGACAUUUAACAGGGGGAAUGUGCCACGGGACUCCUGGCGCCAUAACCACUAUGACUCACUACAGUGUUUAUGGUGCUUAGAGUGCCCCUUUAAGAGUUCACACUUGAUGAAUACAUUAUCUGCAGCCUUUAAGAUGGAACCAUGUAGUUCUAUGGUGUUAAAAUGAGCUAUGUAGUUCCUACAAAUAUUAUCAUGUAUGAAAGAUUCUGCUUAAUCCACAAUGUCUUUAUUUUCUAAAUCUAAAGAUGACCGGAGCGCUGAGAUCUGCGGAAACAGCUAUGUCUCGUCUGGUUGAUAUUCACACAGAAAUCAUGAGCAAUGUUAAUAACACGCUAUCUGCGGCAACAUCAGGGAAACGGUGAGAGAGUUUAUUUUGCAAGUAACAAAGUAGCAGAGAUAGUUUGUGGCUGUUCGACAAAUGACAAGGGGGUUUAUUCAGUAGACACUAAAUUAUAGUAAAAAAGCAGGGACCAGCUCUGACUUUUAUUUCUACUACAAGAGAGCAGGGACACUGUAGGACAUGUAUAUGUAAUAUGAAGCAGCAGAGACACUGUGUGGCUGUUCGAUAUACUAUGAGUGAGCCAGAGACAGUAUGUGACUUUUACGUGUCUUAUAAGAGAGCCAGGGACACUAUUUUCCGUUUACACGUCUUAUGAGAGAGCCAGAGACACUAUGUGUCUUUUACACUUUUUAUAAGAGAACCAGGGUCUUUUAUACAUCUUAUAAGAAAGUCAGGGACACUAUGUUACUUUUACACGUCUUAUCAGUAAGAGAGCCAGUAACACUGUCUGUAACGGACUCCUGUAGUCUGCCAAACUUGCUUCCUAGCUGCAAUCAGGGACCCUGGAGUGCUUAUGACCCAGUCGCUGAAGCUAUACUACACUAUAUGACUAUUUAUACGUUUUAUAAGAGAACCAGGGACACUAUAUGACUUUUACACGUCUUGUCAGCAAGAGAGCCAGGGACACUAUAUGACUUUUACACAUCUUAUCAUUAAGAGAGUCAGGGACACUAUAUGACACUGACUUUUAUACGUUUUAUAAGAGAACCAGGGACACUAUAUGAAUUUGAUAUGUCUUAUAAGAGAGCCGGGGACACUAUGUGACUUUUACACGUCUUAUCAGUAAGAGAGUCAGGGACACUAUAGGACUUUUACACGUCUUGUCAGUAAGAGAGCCAGGGACACUAUAUGACACUGACUUUUAUACGUUUUAUAAGAGAACCAGGGACACUAUAUGAACUUUAUAUGUCUUAUAAGAGAGCCGGGGACACUAUGUGACUUUUAGAUGUCUUAUAAAAGAACCAGGGACAUUAUAUGACAUUUUCAUGUCUUAUCAGAAAGAGAGCCAGGGACACUAUGUGUCUUUUACACGUCUUAUGAGAGAGCCAGGGACACUAUUUGACUUUAAUGAAUAAUAUAAGAAAACAGGGACAUUAUAUGAUUGUUACACAUCUUAAAGAGAUCCAGGGGCACUAUAUGACUUUUAGAUAUAAUAUGAAACAGUAGGGACACCAUGUGGCUAUUAUACAUGCUGUAAGAGAGCAAGGAACAGUAUGUAACUUUUAUUAAUAUUAUAAGUACACAGAUGUGAAAUGUUUUGUUACUACAUUAUCAUAAACCCUGUCACCCUCCCUGUAAUGUAUAAUCAUGGAUGGUCUUUCUAUUUCCUCUGUUACAGGAAAUCCUCAGACGACAAGUAUGUGCUAUUUUGGCCUUUGAUUUGCAACAAAGUAAAGUAAAGGAUUAAAUGUAUUAAUUUACUGUGGUUGGAUUUUGACUGUUUUGACGGUUUGAAGAAGCCACUGUGGGCUGCCAUUAUCACGAGGAAACUGGUUUGAUUUGCAACAUUUGAAUUUACAUUUUCAAUGGAUACACUUUAAUUUAGAAACAUAGAAACAUAGAAUGUGACGGCAGAUAAGAACCAUUCGGCCCAUCUAGUCUGCCCAAUUUUCUAAAUACUUUCGUUAGUCCCUGGCCUUAUCUUAUAGUUAGGAUAGCCUUAUGCCUAUCCCACACAUGCUUAAACUCCUCUACUGUGUUAAGCUCUACCACUUCAGCUGGAAUGCUAUUCCAUGCAUCCACUACCCUCUCCGUAAAGUAAUACUUCCUGAUAUUAUUUUUAAACCUUUGUCCCUCUAAUUUAAGACUAUGUCCUCUUGUUGUGGUAGUUUUUCUUCUUUUAGAUAUAGUCUCCUCCUUUACUGUGUUGAUUCUCUUUAUGUAUUUAAAUGUUUCUAUCAUAUCCCCCCUGUCUCGUCUUGUUUAGAUAACAUAAAAAGAAGGAAAAGAAAUAGAAACUGCACGUCACAUUAGUAAUAUUUGGUAUUGGCCCAGUUAUAGGAGACGACUUUAGAUCUGUAUGAUUUGGGUAAUUUAUUAGACUGUAUUUUCUAAAACUCCUAUUAUAGACCAUACAUCAAUAUCAAUUAAAACGAGAGUAAAAAUGAUUCCUGUAAUCCUGGCUAGCGUGAUCUUGUCACUAGCCAACUAUUAAAAUUGUCAUACUGUGUUAUUUAGCCUGUAUUUAGCAUAGAUAGACAGACAGAUUUGAUGGACAGACAGACAGACAUACAAUUGCAAUGCAGUUUACUUUAUUGGCUUCUGAAUGACAUUGUUUCUGUUUAUUAUGUUGUUUUUCCCUAAAUAUGUCUAUUUGCUGCUUUUUAUUUCCUCCUCACCUUUGUAUCUAGUUAGAUUAUUUCCUGAAAUUAAAGUCACAGUUAUCAUGUAAUCUGUCAUAUCUGGAAAGGAUGUAACCCUUACUAAUGCUACAAGCCCCAUCUGCUUGUUACCACCACUGUCGGCUACCCAGGUAUAAUGCUGUCUGCAGACACAUGUACCAAACUUGCAUAAUUCAGACCAAUAUGAGCAGCAACCUACCAACAGUCCCAGAUCUGUAAAACAUUUUAUUAGCCCCAGCUGUGCACCAUUCAUCAUGCCAAGUGUGCAACCCUCCACCACCUGAUUUUUAUCGGUUUCACCCGUACCAAGAUCUUUGACCACUUCCGUCUAAAGCAGAAACUCAUCAUUCAGCAAUCUAACUCUCCGAAAUGCUAUAAACCAUUGCCAUGAUUAUUUUUGGUUCCCCUUAAAUUGAUAGUGUAAUCUUUACAAGGGUUCAAGUGUCAAUGCUGCUGACCAGCUAUAAACUCAAUCAAGGAAGAGAUGUCAUCACAACAGACAAGACGCUAGGUCUGGUCUAGGCUGAGACCUACUUUUGCUUCUAUUUUCUAUAGAGUACAAUGUUACCUAUAACCUCAUAUCAGCUAUUAAAAAAAGAGGGAUGGAGACAAUCAGGAUAUAGGCAUGAUUUACACGUUCAGUCAAACGUUCCUCUGCAGGAUCCGCAAGAAGUUGGAGAAAGCUGUGAAUCAGGCCAAAGAGGACAUUGUGAUGCUUACCGAUCAGCUCCUACAGGCUCAGGAAGGUGAGAAGGUUAACUCUAAUAAUGUCACAUAGGGUACCUGAGAGUGUGUAGUCUACAAGAGCUAAUUAUAGGAAACAUUCUGAGACGCUGGGAUCUUUUACCCCUUGGAAGGUGUAUCUAUUGGGUGUAAGAUCUUGUAUUGAGAUCGAUUUGUUUUCUAGCUGUGCCCUAACACCCCAUGCACCAAGAGAGACUGAUCCAAUUACUAGAGACAUUGAUGUUGACAAUAAACUGAUAUCCUACAUGCAAAAAAAAAACAACUAAAAACCUGUAAAUGUGUAAAAUGUGUAUAUCUCCCAAGUGCCCCUGUUUAAGAAAGACAGUCCCUGUUUUUGGCUGAUAGCCUUCUGGCCCCUCUUGUCUAUGCUAAUGCGCCUCUUUUCUACGAACUCCAGUUUUUGCUGUGUGUAUUUAACAGGGUUCACAGUAAUAACCCACAUACAUAUCUCUAAACUACUAUAAAUGUAGUUAGAAAUUAAAGGGCUACUUUAACCUUUUCAGUGUUAUAUACCCUCUUGGGAACUAUGGAUAAGAUCCCUCUGCUCUUUUUGCAGUAAAUUCUAUAAAAUAAAGGUUUUUACCUACCUUGAAUCCAGCACCUAACAUUCGUGGCUGAAUUUGCUGUAUAUCUAACCUCCCUUGUAUCAAUGUUCCAUGCAGACUUGACAUUAAAAGACCAACAGACUAAAGAGCUGUCAAAACAGAACGAAAAUAAAAUAUUUGAGCUCAACUACUUCAAAGGCCUGCUCGAGACAACUAAGGUAAUGGGACUGUCCAACUCAGUGUUUGAGUUUAUUAUACAUGGUACACAAUAUCAACUCAUGUUUUCUCUGUAAUAAAUAGUUAAAUGUUCAUUUAUAUUACAUUUUGCGCCAGAUGAGGUUAAAGGGACACUAUAGUUACCAAAACAACUUUAGCUGAAUUAAGCAAUUUUGGUGUAUAGAUUCUAGUUUUUCAACCCGUGGUAUGUGUCCGGUAAGCAAGGAGUACACCAAGAGGUGGCUGGCCACCUCAGCACAUCCCUGGAGGAAGUCAGCUGGGGGAGAUUGGAGAUGGCAAGGGAGAUGUACUCUUCCUAAUAUUCCAGCACUUUUCCCUUGCACUCCCUGCGGUGAUGCCCGGGAGCUGGGUUGUGAUGUCUCUCUGGCCCUGGCUUCACUAAAGAGCGCACAAGGGAGGAGUGCUGGUAGAGAACUAAGAUUGCUGUCAGACAUAUCAAUAUUCCUAGAUUACACAAGCUGCACACUAAGCCAUAGGGAAAGAAUUCCCACUGGACUCCAGGGAAAGGUUCCACACCAGCUCUUCCAAAGUUAGCGAUGCCGGGUAGACUGAAAUAAAAAUAAUUUAAUAAUAAUAAUAAUGUGAGUGUGUGAGAGUCUGUCUGUUUGAUGAUUUAUAAAGAAACCUUGUAAAGUGGCAAAAACAAUGUUUGGAGUUCACAUAAGCAAAAAAUUAAUGAUCAUGGAUUUUGCAUUGUCUAGUUUACCUUACUUAGUAGACAAUUGUAAAUGUUUUGUUUCUCUGGACUCUCUUUCUCCAUGUCCCAUCUCUCCAUGUCCCAGAAAAGCUUACAAACUCUGCAGAGUGAGACUGCAAUACAGCGCUCUCUUCUUGAUGCUGAAAUAAGGAAGCAGGCAGAACGUCUGGAAGAGCUAGAGAAUCAGGUUUCAGGAAAACAGUCCAUUGAUAUAUCUACCCAGGUGUGUGAAAUCAUAUCCCUAAGUUACUUGCACAUUUUAUCACCCUUACUGAUUUACUUUACUAUGAUACACAAUACUCACUACAACAACUGUAAUAGGCAACUGAGAUAAUUGGGGGAUUUAAGUAGAGAUGAUUGAAGUGGGUUAGAGAGUGAUAAUUGGAGAGGUAGGCUAGGGAGAGAUAAUGGUAGGUGGGCUAGGAAGAGAUAAGGGGUGGUGGACUAGAGAGAUUUUUCUGGAGGUGGGUUAGGGAAAGAUGAUUGGGAAAGUGGGCUAGAGAGUUAUAAUUGGGAAGGUAGGAUAGCGAGAGAUAUUUGGGGAGGUGGGCAAGAGAGAUAUUAUUGGGGGUGGGAGUUAUAAUUGUGAAGGUGGGCUAGAGAGAUAUUAUUGAGAAGGUGGGAUAUUGAGAGAUAAUUGGGGAGGUGGGCUAGACAGAGUUUAUUGGGAAGGUGGGAUAAGGAGAGUUAAUUGGGGAGGAGGGCUAGAGAGAGAUGAUUGAGAAGUUGGGGUAGGGAGAGAUAAUUGGGGAAGUAGGCAAGAGAGAGAUUAUUCAGGAAGUGGGCUAAGAAAAUGUGAUUAAGCUAGUGGGCUAUGGAGUGAUAAUUGUGGAGGUGGGAUAGGAGAGAUGAUUUGGGGAGGUGGGCUAGGAAAAAGGUGAUUGGGGAAGAAGGAUGGGCAGUGACAAUAAAGAGAGGUGGGCUAGGGAGAUUUAUUGGGGAGGUGGGCUAGCAAGAGAUUAUUGGGGAGGUGGGCUAGGUGAAGGUGAUUGGGUAAGUAAGCUAGGCAGUGAUAUUAGGGAGAGGUGGACUACUAGGGAUAAUGAUUGGGGAUACUUGCUGAUGGUCAGAUGGACACAUUAGUGAGAACCACUACUAAGUUUCAUACAGGACACUGAAGGCCUAAGGUCAGAAUUAUGUUUCUUUCUUUUAGUGUCAUGUCUUUUUUGUUUGUAGUGGGAAGACCUCGAUUCUACAUUUAAAACUGAGUUUUCUGUUCCAAAUGAAGCAGAGGAAAAUAUAGUACAAGAAACAGAGCAAUGUCCUCCAUGGAAUGUUAAGCAAUAUUCUGCAGUAAGUAAAAGACGAAGGUCCACACAGUAAGAGGUCCGUUCUCUCAGAGAGAUAGGUCAUUCAAUAUGUUGAUUGCUCCAAGACAUUAGUUUAGUAAAGAGAAUAAUUAAAUUCGAUAGAUUGUAUUCUUCUUAAAUGCAAUAUUGUGAUUGUUUCAUUUAUCCUCCCUCAGUAUCACUAUCCUUUGUGACAUUUAUCUUUUCAUCCCUCACCAUCUAAUGCAGAAUCCUUGGACUUGUGUUCUUGCAAUCAGCUGGAAAUUGCUGGAAAUUAAAAGUGAAUUUCAAAUUUUAGGUUAAUUCUGUUUUCAGAUUUAAGGCAAUUUUGGCCUUAAAUCUGAAAUUCACUUUGAAUUCCCAAGAAUUCUCACUUUAGUGAAUAACUCUCUUUGUUGCAUCUUAACUUUUUUGUGUGUGUGUUUUAUUAUUGAUUUUUAGAGAUAGUACAUGAAAAGAUGUACAUCGCAUUGUAACAGCAGACUUUUCAAAAUCAUAUAUCAGAUAUGGUCUAGCCUAGCGUCCCAUAUUUGUACAGCGAUGCUCACCAAACUUAAUAAUCUAGGACAGAUAUUAUGAUAGGGCAGCAGAUUCAUUAAAGAGCAUCACAUUCCAUUUAUAUAUAUUGCGAUUCUGCUAGGAAAUCUGUAGAUUGGGGGUAAAACCUAUUUUAAAAUAUUUUUUUCUCCCACCUGUCAACCAGUUCAUAAACCCUUUAUUGGUAUACCAUAUUAAAUGAGGGCCUCAUGACACAUUAUUAGUUUUUGUGCUUUGCAUCAUGUUUUCAACUGUUCUUCUUGUCAUAUCUGUCACACUUAUAUUCUCUGCAGAUUCUUAAAAUCACAUCCUCUUUAUAUCUAUUCUCUUUUAAUCUCUGCCAUUAUUAGGUUUAUGUCCAUUGCCCCACCAUGAUUCCAUCUUUAUCCCUGUUGACAGACAUUGUGCUCCCUUGUAACAUUGUCCAUGGUAUAUUUCUAGUAGAAUUCUAUGUGCCUCCCAUUCCAUGUACAUUAUGUUGACAUACUUGUCAUCUCUUGCUUACGCCUGCUGACAUGGGUCCCUUCCUGUUUAGUCAUUCAAUCACCAUGUGUUUAUGUUUUGCUGUUUGGCAGGACACCAUUUCUGAACACGGAGACGUACUAGACGAUGGCCGGGGUCCUGUAGACCCCAGCCGUAGUGAUGUGGAUAUUGUAUCAUACACUGAGGAGAGUGAACACAUUUUGACUUUAAUCCCUGUGUAUGAAGAGAACACACCUAGAUUAACAACUGAUCAGUCUGAGGAGACAUCUGUCCUUACAUCACUUAUUUUGGAAGAAGGAAGCAACAUUGUAAUUACAUUACACCCCCUAUCUGGGAAGAACAAGUUGGCUAUUACAUCAAUACGUGUAUCUGAGGACAGCCAACUGCUAAUCACAUCACAAUCUUCAGCUGAGAAGAACCUUCAUACUGCAAGAUCGCAUUCUAUGUCUCGUGACAGUUAUUCCUCUGUUACAUCAUUUCCCGGUGAAGGUCCAGACAAUAUUGAGGAUAUUAAAAUAUGCUCUAUUACACCAUUUACUGAUCCUGAAGGAAAACCACAAAACUUCAUAACUCCUACAGCUACUGAGCAGGAACUUGUAAACAUUGCACCACUUUCUGUGCUUGAGGAUGGUAGAGAUACACUUUUAUUGCAUUCUGAAUGUGAAAAGACAGAUCAAGCUGCCGCAUCAUAUCCAGACGAGGCCCAUAAUCAUCCACCAUUGCCUGGGCCUGAUGAGAUGAGUAUUAUUACAUCCCAUCCUGUGACAGACAUGAGUACCCCCAUCCCUGCAUCACUUCCUGGGUCUGACAACAUGGCUGUGCUUCCUUUGUCACUUCCUGUUCCUCAAGAGAUGAUACCUCACCUGCCUGAUCAAAGUGUCAAUUCAGAUAUUUCACUUAUUAUUCCAGAUAAAAAUAACUUUAACACAUCAUAUCCCAUGAAUGAAGGAUACUCGGGCCUAAUGACAUCAGUUCAUGAUUUAUAUAAAAUGAAUGGACCUCUUGCAUUUAUAAGUGUGACUGAAGAAGGUAAUAGUGCUGUAUCAGUCAGAAACAUGAAUUCUACUUCACCACUUAUUCACAGUGAUCCCAUUACUAAUGAGUCAUUCUCUGGCACAGACAGGAUAAUCCCUUUACAUACAUUACGUUCUGACAAUGACAUCAAUGACUACCCAGUUAUGUCACCGCCAGGACCUGACACAACAAACCGACUUAUUACAUCAUUCAAUAUGGAGAACGAGAAUACAAGAAAUAUUGUACCAGAUUCCUUAUCUGACAACAGCGCUCACCCUGUUACAAGACCUCCUGCUCCUUUAAAUGAUACCCAUUCUGUCAAAUCACUUUGUGAUGUUGAAAAUGAUUCUCGACCUACUACAUCACCAGUUGUAGCAAGUGAGUAUAUAUGUCAUGUUUGUCUCUUGUUUAUCAGGGAAUGGUAUGUAUCACGUUAUACCCUUUGUAUAUAAGCAUGUUAGAAUGUAUAUGUUCUUUAAAUUGCUGCAGUGGGAAGUUUGGGAUUAUUGAAUAUAUAUGCAGAUGAUAGAUGACAGGGAAAUAAGGAAGAACAACUCAAAUUUGAAAUCAGAAAAUCCUUAAUAUUCAGAAGAAAAUGCUCGAAUGAGAUUAAAAAUGACAAAUUAUAUUACUCUGACACCCUCACCUGCACCUACCUAAAAUUGCUCUUAAAUUAACAUAAAUUGAAAUAUUAAUGUCUCUUUAAACAUUUUGGGCAAUUCAGUAACUACGAAUUGUGGAUAAUUCACAAGGGAAUGGUAACUGUUAGGCUAAUUGUUGAUCUGAAAAAAACAGCUGAAUAGUGGAACAUUUUUUUAAAAUAAUUCAGCUUUUAUUGGGUAAAAUUUGCAAUCAGUUGUCAAUUAGCCACAAAUUUCACACAAUUCUUGUAUAGUGAAUAACAGUGUUGUAUUCCUUGCUGUUAUUUUCCUUACAGACAUUUAUAUACCUGAUGAAGGUAUGGAUUCAUCAGGACAUGAAGGGACCCUCGAAGAAGAUAAAAAGGUUUGUAGAUAUAGUAAUCAGUAAAAAGAGAAUACAAUAAUAGAACUGUCUCUGUUGAUUCGUUACAAGGACAUUUCCCAAAAUUUUUAUUUUUUUAAAUUGCAAAAAAUAAUAAAUUCACUAUGCCUGAUGAUAUGCCUGAGGGGGUUGUAAGGAAUGCCAAUCAUCAUGCAAGUAAGAUAAUUCAGUGAUUACUUUAGAUACAUUAUCUCGCUGUCACUGGUUUGAAUAUCACCAGGGUCUCAGUCUGUCAUCUUACUGAGAUAAAUAAAAUGAGUGACAUUAUAUUGAAACCUCAGGAUCCUCUUGGAAAAACUAUAAUGUACUCUUCUUGGUUUAAUACUUUGACAUUAUUAAUAAUCUUAGUUAGGGUUAAUUAUUAAACAUAGAAUUUCUGACCAUUACAUUGCACUGAAGUGGUUAUGGUGCCAGGGAUACCCUGCUGUCACCCAGUGUACCUACCAGUUUCUCUUUUUACACUGCUGCCAGUCUCUCAGAGGGGCAGAAUAUAUUUGCCUCAGCUGGCCCUGCACUGCACAGUUUAGCUAAGGAGAGCUUAGCUAAGGGGAUGGCCAGAGGCGGCUCUAGACUUUAUGAGGCCUUAGGCAAAACUCAAACAUGAGGUCCCACUAACAAAAAAGUGAAAAAAAUAGAGUUGCAAUACAUGCACACUGUCACAUAUACACAUUCAUGCACAGUUUACCUGUGUAUGUGCCUGAGAGAUGAUGAGGGAGGGGGGUAAUGCUGAGUGCGGUGAGAGGGUGUGAUGGUGAGGGGGGGUGAUUGUGGGGGUGAGUGUGGGGUGAUGCUGAGGGUAUAGUGAGGGGGGUGAUGCUGAGGGGGUGAUAGUGGGGGGGUGAUGCUGAGGGGGUGAUAGUGAUACUGGGGGGGUGAUAGUGAGGGGGUGAUGCUGAGGGUGGUGAUAGUGAGGGUGUGUGAUGCUGAGGGUUGAAGUGAGGGGGUGAUGGUAGGGGGAGGGAGGGGGGUGAUAGUGAGGAGGGGUGAUAGUGAGGGGUGAUAGUAAGGGUGGUGAGGGAGGUGAUGCUGAGAGCUGUGAUGCUGAGGCGUAGGGGGGGGUGAUGCUGAGGGUGGUGAGGGGUGAUGCUGAGGGGGUGUGAUAGUGAGGGUGAUGCAGGGUGGUAGGGGGCUGAUAGUGAGGGGGGGUGAUGCUGAGGGGAGUGAUAGGGAGGGUGAUGCUGAGGGUGGUGAGGGGGUGAUGCUGAGGGUGGUGAGGUGGGGGUGAUAGUGAGGGGAGUGAUGCUGAGGGUGGGUAGGUGGGGGUGAUAGUGAGGGGGGGGUGAUGCUGAGAGCGGUGAGGGGGGGUGAUGCUGAGGAUGGUAAGGGGGGUGAUAGUGAGGGGGUGAUACACCAAUCAGACAGCACAAGGAUUCCUGUCCAGUGAUAAGAGGUGGCAGUAAACCAGCCUUGUCCAAUAUGUUAUUAAAUAAAAAGAAUCCUGACACUGUUGGGAGUAGUUUUGAUCCUGUCUAUGUUUAAGCCCAGUCUUUAGACUAGGGGUGAGCAAAUGGUAAAUUCACAGUUCAUGAUGCUUUGCUACAAACUCCGUAGCGCUGUACAAUGGGUGAAUUAACAGACAUGUAGUUGUAACCAGACAAGUUGGACACACAGGAACAGAGGGGUUGAGGGCCCUGCUCAAUGAGCUUACAUGCUAGACGGAGUGGGGUAAAAUGACACAAAAGGUAAGGGUCAGGUAGAAAACCACGUUGCUAGAAUAGUAUUCACUGAGGUCUUUGUUGGUUUUGUUUGUUUUUGAUGCAGGAGAGGAAUCGGUUAUGGGGGGGGGCACAUGAAAAAAAGAUGGCACAUAUGACAUAUGAAAAAAAAAAUGAUAAUUUUUGAAUGAAUAUGUUUCUAACAGCUACCAUAUUUUGACACCAGGAAUCGUGUGUAAUGUGUGGUGUUUCUGCAGGUACAAACUGAAAUCAUUCUCCACACCGAGGGAGAAGAUUUAUCAAGUGAGGAUAUCCAGAACGAGCUGUGUCAGGUCUCACAAAGGAUAAGGGUGUGCAUUCAGGAGAUAAAGCAGCUUCUAAACUCUGCAGGUAAGUGGCCUUUCAAAGGAUCUAGUCCAGGUAGGUACUCAAACCCACAAUAUCAUUUAUAUAGAUAUGUUCCUAAAAUUUAUUUUUAUUAUUAUUGUAAUUAUAAGUUUAAUAAUAUAUAUGUUCCAACAUAUAUCUCAACUUCACAUUGUUGGAUAAGCUUUUCAAAUGAUUUAUUAUUUUUGUUUAAACUUUUAAAAUAUUUUUUUUGUUAAAUAAUAAAUAUAUAGAAAAAAAAGUGAUAUAUAAAAAAUAUAUAAAUAUAUUUAAAAAAAUAUAAACAAAUUACAAAAUAUUAUAAAUAUUAAUAAAAUUGAAAUUUUUAUCUAACAAUAUUAAAUCAAAGCUAUAGUUUGCAGCGCGUUACAAUAUUCAAUUUUUUUGUUCUCUAUGUUUUUCUGUAUCUGACGCCCUUAUUAUUUUUUUGCUGCAUUGAACACGUGUUCAGGCUAUGACUUUCUGAUUGAUGGUUUGAAUGCUGGUGUCCAGAAUUUAAAUGAAGAUGGGAUAUCUGGUAACCUAACACAGCUUGAAAAUGUCCCUGCAGGUAUAACAUGUGUUUUAAUUUUAUACUAUGUGUUUAUAUUUUAUAAUAUGUUUUUAUAUUUUAGCAUGUGUUCAAUUUUAAUGGAUUUUUAAAAAUAUAAUAAUAUACUUUUAUUUUAUAGCAUGUGUUUUUAUUUCACAGUAGGUGUUUUUUUUCAUAAUAUGUUUUUAGUUUAUAAUAUAUUUUUAUUUAAUAUCAUAUGUUUUAGUUUAUAUGUGCUUUUAUUUUAUUGUCUGUAUUUUUAUCAGGGUUAUUCAAUAAAGUGUGAAUUCAAAGAGAUUUUCAAACUUAAGGUAACAAUAGCCGAAUGGAAACAUUCUCUAAGUUACCUAUGUUUCCAGUUUGGCUACUUUGCCCUUCAAUGUGAAAUUAAUUUUGAAUUCUAACUUUAGUGAAUAAGUCUGGAUGUGUUUUUAUUAAAUAGAUUGUUUUUAUUUUAUAGUAUGUGUGUUUAUUUUGUAUAUUUGUACACUUUUUUCAGUAUUAAUUAUUGAAUUUCGGUUUGGGUAUUGAAUAACUGUACUACAAAGUAUUUUAUCCAUAAAUAAAUACAGUUCAACAGAUUGUAAUUGUAACAAACCCCUUGUACUUAGUAUAGUACAUUUGUUCUCACUCUCCUGAACUCCUAGAAGGUUGUGUGAUUAUAGCCCAUUCGUAUAGCACGCUAGUUCGUACUCUCCCGAAAUUCAAAGCAGGUCGUGGGAAAAAUCAAGCGUUUCGUUGUUCACAUACCUAAACAUCAGUCGAGACUUGAUGAAGGGUACAACUAGAAUGCUUUAUUAUAGCCAGAAGGCCCACUUUUAUACAGAGACCAUGGGGUCCCCAGCACAAGUAUAGUAAAACAUGUCAAGGCGUCUCUGUGUCUGGGAGAUAAUUGAGUGUACUAGCUUAAACUAAUUAUCUCCCAGGCACUAGAGGUACAAAAAAUAAAAUGUAAAAUACCCCAAAACAUAUAUAAUUUUACUAGGGACCUCCACAAGUCCUUUAUCUCCAUAUAGCCUGGAUCUGAGCGCCCAAGGUGUCCAAAUAGCUCUCAAAUCCCCUGAAUACAGCCAAAUCACCACCAGGGUAAAGUUUUGACUGACCGUACAUGUGGCGACUGCACAAAAUUGUUCCAGAAGAAAAGCGGUAGCGGUCAGUCACUUUCGGGAGUCCCAAAAAGAAAGAAAUACUGAACAGUUUAUAGCUCAUAGGUAGCGAUUCUUCGUCUAGUUCGUGCCUACCUUUUCACCAAAUAGUGCUUUCCUGGCUUGUCUUGAAUCAGGCGUUGGUACAAAGUUACCAGUGUUCGUGGGUUAGAGUGUCCGGCUUGGAGUUCCAGACACUCGACAACCAAGUACCGCUCUCUGCUUUCGGGAGACAAAAUGGCCACCAUUUGCCAAGUGCAUGUGUUGUGCGGUUAUAUGAACGGUGGCCGCCCAGAGAGAGCACUUAACUUUGUGGUUACUUUGAAGUUAAUGAGUCAGGGGGGUGGUCGGUGUUCAGUAGAUCAAACAACCAAAUGCAGGGAAAAUAACUGGGGAAAUAGAAAUCACAGGGUUUGUCACAGUAAUAAAAUGUUUGGACAAUGGAAUUAAAGAGAAACUGGCACUAGAUAGUUGUGCUUCGGAAUGUUAGCCAUGUCCUAUGUAUGGCUCUUUUUUUGUUCAAGUGGAUUCCAUUUACAGAUUGUAUGCAAUACUAGCUACCAUGAAAAAUAUUCUCAGUAAAAAGAUUGAAUGCUUUUAAUCACUUUCCAAUAGAAUUUUUUUCCUAAUGUGACUGUAUUAAUUUGUUUCCAACAGUAUUGUGCAGUUUGCUACAAAGGAACACGGAAGCAAUGACUGAUGAAAGUGUCCAAAAUGGCUUUAAAAAAACUAUCCACAAGGUGGCAGCAAGGGACAGGUAAGGUUAUUAUUUCUUCCAAAUGUGUAUUCUGUAUAGAUUUAUAAAUACAAAUACAUGAAUAUAUUAAGAAAAUAAUUCCCUAAUAUUUUUUUUAACACCUCUUUACACAAGCCAUAGUGCUUAUGCUACUAAGGCAUUACUAUCCUGCAAAUUUACACGCCACUAAUUUUACAAUAAAAAACUGGCAUUAAUGUGCAAAAAAGGCUAUUUUAUUUUAUUUUUUGAAUUCUUUCUUUUAUUUGAGAUGAUCGCAAGUUACACGAGGAAUACAGAAUCAAAAUACAAUAUGUGGGAAAACAUGAAUAAUAAAUGUUGUUAGGUUGGUUGAUUCUGGACAAGAAAAACAUAUAUUUUUUUUUAAAUUUAAGUGGUAGAUGAAAAGCAAGUUAGGGACACAUGCCCGGUGUAAGCCAUUUGGUCGCCAUUUUAAGGUCCGAGUGCGAGGGCCCGGCUGCUGGGUAAAUUCAGUUAGGGUUGGUCUGUGUAGCUUCGGCUCCCUCAAGUGGGGAUCAGGAUAACCCCCACCGGCCCAAAGGCGGCUGGAGUGGGGGCCUGAGGAUCAUCACAGAGCCAUUGUGUGGCAUCAGGCAUGUGAACAGGGCAUCCGCCAUCUGCCCCACUCCUGUCCCGACUAGGCCACAUGCUCCAAAGCUUUGCAUCACCCCCAAGGGGUAUCAAAACUCCUGAUCUUGAGGUCCACAAUAGCGCCAACAACUUCCUGCGUGUCUCAAGUUUUUCAGUCAAAUAGGCCAAAAUCUUGCGGAGCCUCUCCAGCAUGCAACCGGUCAGCAUGGCAUCCAGGCCCCGCCACAAAAAAGGCUAUUUUACUAUUACUGCAUACAUUUAAUUUAUUCAGGUUUUUUUUUUGCAGUAUGCUUAAUGCUACACAGAGUAUAAACAGUAAGAAGCUCUAGGCCGUUUGAAAUAGUAGUAUGCUAGUGUUUGAUUGGCUGUUAUUUACUAUGUCUUAAUAUCCAUAAAAAAUAUCCCCUUCUUAAUUUCAGUGACCUCCAUGCACACUCAGCACCUGUUACACAAAACUGUAGACCAGUUGAUACGCAAGUAAGUUCAAAACCCAAAGUUUAUUGCAUGAAAUGCUUACGUUUUACCUUGUAUCUUAGUGAAUUCCGUUAUACAGAUAAACACCUCUGACAAUGUGCUCCUGUGCAUAAAUGCAGUGCCUCCAUUAGUAACUAUAAAGAGAAAGCCAUGGUAUGAGCUACACACAAGAUAUCCCUAUAAGUGUGGCGCUAAAUUGUUUUUCAUCAUGAUAAAUACCAUUUUUUUUAUAGAAAAUCAAGUGUUCUGACCCUUUUGGCACAUACUAUGUGCGUGUAAAGUAAUAAAACACUAUACAAUGUCAGGGACGCAAUGUUUUCUUAUUAUUCUUAUUUUGUUAUACUAAUAACUGUUCAACAUCUCAUACAGAUUAAAAGUCCUAUAAUUGAUGAAUCUAAAGAUUUUCACACAUUGAAGUUUUCACGGCUUGAUGAGGAAUAUAACAAAUGGAUUCUAAAGAGGGCGGCAGAACAGGGAGAUAUCCCCUUUCAUGCAUUCAAGGUAAAUUGUAACGCUACGAAUCAUGCUUGGAUUUACUAUUUUAAACCAUCGUGCUCCUGUUUAUUCUUCGUUUCCCCGCAGGAUGCCUGCAGAGGGAUGUCUCAGUAUCGGCAGCUGGUGCAGGAGCGCAUACGGUCCCUUGUGAGGGGAUAUUUGCUGUACAUAUCCUGGGAUCGAGCCGAGACACGAUUAAAACGGCAUACUAGCCACAAGUUCAAAGCUUCACACACGCUGAGUAAAGUACAUGACAAAAAGCAACAGGUAACCUUAUGUGAGACGUGACAUGUGUUUAUUGUGAAAUUAAUGGGGUGUGAAUUAUGAUUUUCUAUCCAUGCUCCCUCAGCAGGGCCGCCAUCAGAAAUUUUGGGGCCCCUAACGCUGCUCAAGGUAUGGGGCCCCGGAGGCCCGUCUCGAAAUCACGCCCCAGGGCCAAUCUCCAAAUCCCACCCACAGGAAUACACACACACAGACACAAACACACGCACUGAUGCAAAAAGGACACAUAUACACACAAAGAUACACACUUACUGACACACACACAUACAUACUUCUUCUUCUGCAACUGUCACUAGUCUAAUACUAUCCUUACCUUUUUGUGUCAUUUUACCCCACUCCCUCUAGCAUGUAAGCUCAUUGAGCAGGGCCCUCAACCCCUCUGUUCCUGUGUGUCCAACUUGUCUGGUUACAAAUACAUGUCUGUUCAUCCACCCAUUGUAAAGCGCUGCAGAAUUUGACGGCGCUCUAUAAAUAUCAUAAUAAUAAUAAUAAUACUAACAGACACAUACUAAAACAGAAGUACACAUAUACAGGCAUACAUACUGACACACACAUACUGAAAAAGACACACAGACAUAUACAGACACACAGACAUACAUAGUGACACACAGACACAUACUACCAUACACACAGACACACGCAUAAGGACAUACAUACACACAUACUGAUAUACAUAGGCACACAUACUGACACAAACACACAUACAUACUGACAUACAUACUGACUGACAUACACAUAUACAGACAUACAUACAUACACACAGACAGAUAUAUACAUCCACAUACUGAAAUACAUACACAUACAUACACACAGACAGACAUACUCACAUACAUACCGACAUACAUACACAUACUGACAUACAUACAUACUGACAGACAUACACAUACAUACAGGCAUACAAACACAUAUAUACAUACACAUACAUACAGGCAUACAUACAGAUACAUACAUACUGACAUACAUACACAUACUGACAUACAUACAAAAAUACAUACAUCCAAUUGUACAGCGCUUAACAGGCAGACUCAUUAAAAUACAUACACAUACAUACAUACAUACUGACAUACAUACAUCCAAUUGUACAGCUACGGAAUUUGAUGGCGCUAUAUAAAUACUAAAAUAAUAAUAAUAAUAAUACUGGCAUACAUACAUACAUACACACUGACAUACAUACUGACAUACACAUACAGAUACAUAGAUGGAUACAUACAUACAUACUGACACACACAUAUCUCAUUUUUCUGCCUCCCUCCUGUUCCUUACCUUUUCUUUGCAGGAGGAUGGCUGCGGCUGAUGGGAGUCGGUGUGGGCUCUCCCCUUCUCGCGGUCUGUCUCUCUCCCCUCCCACACGGAGUGAGCUUAGCAGAAGUGACCUGUCGUGAUUCCCAUGAUUCCCUUUUAUUCCAUAAGCUUGGUCCUUAAGGGGCUAAAGGGGCCCGGUCGCGCUAUUACACGGUUGCAACGCUGACCAGGCACCUGAAGAUAUAGUGUCAGCGCGUAGGCCCUGGUGCAGCUGCAUCGGCGGCAGUUCCGCCACUACAUUGUUGUCACACUCUGAUUACGGCCCUGUCCUUUAGACAUUGCUUUAGUAGUGCCAUAGACUUGGCACUAAUGGGCAUGAAAACUAAAAACAAUACACCUCCUCCCGGCAAAAUUUGUAUUUCACGAAGAUAAAAUCUUUAUGAAAUACUCCUUUUGACUGUGUUAUAAUUUCACUAAAAAAAGAGAAAUCACCAGUCAAAGGAUAUACUGAGGCAAAGUAGGGACUAAUUUUUCUCAGCAUUUUUCCUACACCUGACACUUCUAGACACUGGGUAGCAGUGGCGUAGCGUGGGUUGUCAGCACCAGGGGCAAGGCAAGUAAUUUGCGCCCCCUAACCCGUGGAUUUUAGCACUCGAGUCUCUUCCACUAGAUUAGUUAAAGAAACCCUUACCCCCAAGCACAUGUAUUGUUUGUUAUGAAAAUACUUAUGUAAUUAAAGUAAAAUGCAUCUAAAUACAAGUUUAUUUUCCAACACUUUAUUGAGUGUCAACAUGCAUUACACACAUUCUCCACAUUUUCAGCAGGUCUAUGAAUACAAAUAUACAAAUGUAGUAACCUAGCAUGGGCCAUGCUAUCAUAUGUCGUCUCACAACCAUCGUAAACGACAAAAAAUAUCAAGAACAAAAACUAAACAUCAAAAUGGAACCAUACCCUGGAGAUGAUCCAAGACUGGGCUAGAUGGAGCCAACUUCCUCAAUCCUGUACCUCUAAUUGUAAUUCUUUAAUAGAAGUGCAAGAUAUCAAUCUGUAUAUAAUAUACAGAUUAAUUUAAAUUCGCCUGCUUUUAAUUAGCGCAAAUUUUUCAACGGAAUAGUGUUUCUUUAAUGUGAGGUAAAUUACAGAUUAGUGCCACGAAUAAUAUACUAGAUUGCCUACUUACAACCAGAUGAGGAUGAUGAUGGGCUCUAGCUGCAGUCUGGCUCCACUGGUCUGGUGUAGAACAGGCUCUCUGGAGGCGGUUUGUAACUGUGGUCACAAAAAUCAAUGUUCUGGGAGAACGGGAAGCAGCUCCAUUUUUUGGGGGCCCUUUACACAGCUCAAGGUCUGGGUCCCAGGGUCCACCUUCAUGUUCCACCAAUGAGUUUGUUCACAGGGGGUGGAGUGUGUAGGGGAUGUCCUGAUAUGUGUGUAAGGAAUGCAUUGUGUGAAUCUGUGUUUGUAUGUGUAAGGGCUGCAAGGUGUGUUUCUGUGUAUGUACAGGAUGCAGUGUGUGCGUGUGUAAGGGGUGCAUUGAGUGUGUGUAAGGGGUGCAUUGAGUGUGUGUAAGGAAUGCAUUGUGUGUUUCUGUGUGUGUAAGGGAUGCAUUGUGUGUAAGGGUUGCAUUGUUUGUGUGUGUGUGUGUGUGUGUGUGUGUAAUGCAUUGUGUGUUUUUCUGUGUGCAAGGGGUGCAUUGCAUGUGUGUGUGAUGGAUGUCAAUCUCUCCCCCCUCCCUUGUUACUCUCUUCUCCCCCCUCUCCCUCCCUUGUCACUCUCUUCUCCCCUCCCCCUUCCCACUCUCAUUGCCCCUUCCUCCCCUGUAACUCUCACCCCCGUCAAUUUCUUCUCCCCCACCAAUUUCUUCUUCUCCCCCUCCCCUCCAAUUUCUUCUUCUCCCCCUCCCCUACCAAUUUUUUCUUCUCCCCUCUCCCCUACCAAUUUCUUUUCUCUCUCCCCUCCCCUCCUAUUUCUUUCUUUCUCCCUCCCCAUUUCUUUCUCUCCUCCCUACUCACAAUUUCUUUUCUCUCUCUUUCUCCCUCCCCUGCCACCACUUCUCUCUCUCCCCACCCUCCCCCAUUUCUCCCCUCCCCUACCACUUCUUUUUUAUCCCACCCCUCCCCAUUUAUUCUCCCACCUCCCUCUUACCAAUUCUCUUUCUACCCCCUCCCUCCCCCAUUUCUUUCUCCCUCCCCUACCAAUUUCUUUUCUCCCCUCCCUCCCCCAAUUUCUCCCCCCUCCCCCUGCCACUUUUCUCUUCUCCCUGCCAAUUCUCCCUCCCAAUUUCUUCUCACCCUCCCCUCACAUUUCUUUUUCCCUCCUCCCUCCCAAUUUCUUUCUCCCCCGGCCCCUCACAAUUUCUUACCCCUCAGCUGACAAUUUCUUUCCCCCCCUCCAUCCCAAUUUCUUCUCCCCCCCUCCCAUCCCAAUUUCUUCUUACCCCCUCCACUGACAAUUUCUUCUCCCACCCUCCCCAUUUCUUCUCCCCCCUUCCCUCCCAAUUUCUUUCUCCUCCCCCCCACCUUUGUUGUAGCGUGGCCGAGCCCUGCAGCAUGAUGGUCCGCGGGUACAGGUUGCUUUUGUUUCCUGUACCCGGCCGAACUAACAGGAAGUGCACACUGAGUGUGAACUUCCUGUUAGUCCGGCCGGGUACAGGAGACAGCUGCUCUCUGUACCCGUCGGACCAUCAUGCUGCAGGGCUCGGCCACGCUACUACAGAGGGAGUGACAGGAGGGAGCGCUGAGCGUUUCCCUCCUGUCAGCCCCUCUCCUCAGGUUGCGCCCGGGUGGUGCGGUCCGCCCUCAUGGACGCACCGCCCGGGCAAAGCUGCAGCCGCCUGCGGCUCUCUACAGAGCGCUCGGGUGGCUGCAGCAUGGGCCCCCCCUGCACCCCCCACGCUACGCCUCUGCUGGGUAGAGCUACCAUCGUCAAAAAGUGUCAAUCCUCCAGCUGUCCUCAGUGAUAGUGGGAGGGAAAUUGGCUCUGUCUCGUGGAAACCUUCAUGGACCUCAAUGCUGUACUCUCAUGGAUGUGUGAGAGUAUUUUUAUUUAUUUAUUUAUUACUGGCAUUUAUAAGGCGCCAACAAAUUCCGCACCAGUAAAGGGACAUGGCAGCUGAAGUAUCAGACGUAAGAGGAUGGUGACGCCCAUGUGGUUAGGUUCAAAUAAGUAGAACUCACUUCUGCCUGCCCCCCCACCUUCCCACCACGGAGACCGGACCCCCAGAAGUGAUAUCACAGUUGGGGGUCUUUGCAAAUUAUACAAAGUCUCCAGAUGGUGACAAUGCUGCUUUAAAUGGGAAGUCUUCCUGGAGGCCAAUCAACAUGCUCUAGAAGAGAACACCAAGACACAUAAUGGACAAACAUGUGAUAUACUUAUUGUUUCUCUGACUGUCUAUCGCUUGGGUGUGGAUUGAGUGAAGCAGCUAUAUUAUAUGUUACAAGUGAGCAGAGGAAAGAAGCCACAAGGAGUAUACAUGACAUAUCAUUAAUUGUUAAAGGGACAAACCAGCUUAAAAUUUCCAACUGCUAGUUUCUUUUUUUUUUCCUUUUCAUAUGAUACAAUAUCAUAAAAAUAAAAGCUGCAUAUAAUUCUACAGAUAGUUCAGACAAUGCCAAAGCUUAGCUCUGCUGAGGACACUCCCACAGUGACAGAAGGACAAUCAGUCGCUAAUUAUAGUGUUCCUCCAGGCAGUCGUAGACAACCGACAGACAUGUACUAAUGUACUUACUAUGCGUCUACCUGAAUUUAUUUAUUUAUUAUUAGCAUUUAUAUAGGGCCAACAUAUUCCGUAGCGCUUUACAAUGUUAUAAGAGGGGGAGAUUUAGCAAUAAAUGAUAGAAUUACAAAAACUCACAGGAACAAUAGGUUGAAGAGGACCCGGCUCAAACGAGCUUUACAGUCUAUAGGAGGUGGGGCAUAAAACACAACAGGACAGGAGAUAUCAAUCAAACAAGGUGGGAGUGAAGCUGAGCUGGAGGAGAGAAUAGAAUGUAAGGCAGAGGCUACUCUGGGAGGCCAGAAGCGUUCCAGAAGAGAUUGGUUUUGAGGCACCUCUUAAAUGAUUGAAGACUGGGGGAGAGUCUGAUGGCGGUAGGCAGGCUAUUGCAUAGGAAGGGAGCCGCCCGUGAGAAGUCCUGCAACCAUGAUUUGCCCGUACAGGUGCUAGCAAUGGACAGAAGAAGGACACGGGCAGAGCGGAGAGACUGAGAAGGGGUUUUCCUAUGGAUCUGUGAAGAGAUAUAAGAGGGGCUAGAAUUGGUCAGUGCUUUAUAGGUGUGGAUUAGUACUUUGUAUUGACUCCUACAUGAUACAGGAAGCCAAUGUAAGGACUGACAGAGGGGAGAGGUGUGAAAGGACCAACAGGAGAGGAAAAUAAAUCUGGCGGCAGCAUUCAUUAGAGACAAAAUGUCACCAAACACAAUACAGAGGAUGCAGCUGAUAAUCUACAGAAGAAUAAAACAAUACAAUAGAGUAACACAGUCAGAAUUCAGUUACUAUGCACCAAAUUCAAUAGCACUCACAAGAUGAAGACUUUUAAAAUCGCCUUAGGGUGCAUCCCCUUAGAUGAUUGGGGGCUUAUCCAGGGCUCCUUCUCAGCUUCGGAUGAUGUCACCAAAGCCGGACUCGGGAAGUAAUGGUAAAUGUAUAAAAGGAAAGUAAAAUACGGACCGCUCUUUUAUUUUACUUUACUUCCCGAGUCCGGCUUUCCAUGCUGUAGUGACAUCAUCCGAAGCUGAGAGGGAGCCCUGGAUCAGCCCCCCAAUCAUCUAAGGGGAGGCACCCUAAGACGAUUUUAAAAGUCUUUAUCUUGUGAGUGCAAUUGAAUUUGGCGCAUAGCAACUGAGUUUUACUUUUCUGUAGAAUAUCAGCUGCAUCCUCUGUAUUGUGUUUGGCAACCUUUGAUGUCUAGGAUACUGUUUGGAAUAUCCUGAAAGGAAGCUGUUUUUCAUUUAUAUUGGAUAAGUAAUUCUUUUUGACUUACACAUAAUUUUAUAUUGGUGUAGGUUCAUUUUUUGCUAUAUACAUUAAUUACAGAUUGCAGCGGGACAGUACGGCUUCCGCGAAGACCAAUUAAGAGACAGUUACAAUAAUCAAUGCAAGAGAUUACUGGAGGUUAAUGAUGAACAAGCUCCUUAAUAAUGUCUUGCAUAAGAAAGGUGGAAUCGACAGGGUUUGGUAACAGACUGGCCGUGAAGCUCAAAGGUGAGGCCAGAAUCAAAUAUAACACCAAGACAGCAUGCUUGCAAGGAUGGGCUGAUAUGGCUACCACCAACUUGAAGGGAGAGUGAAAGAGGAGGAUCAGUAUAUGAAGAAGGAAAGACAAGGAGCUCAUUUUGGAGAGACUGAGUUUCAGAAAGCAGGAGGACAUCCAGUCAGAGAUGGAAGAAAUGCAAGAAGUGACACGUUGUAGGUCCGUGGGAGAGAUGUCUGGGGAGAAGAGAUAUAUCUGGGUGUCAUUGGCUUACAGGUGGUAGUGGAAUCCAGAUGAGGUAAUAAGUUUGCCAAGAGAGGCAGUAUAAAGAGAAAAUAGAAGGGGACCAAGAACAGAGCCAACUGAGACAGGAUGAAGGGAGAAGGUUUCACUAGAAAAGGAGACACCGAAUGAGCAUUGGAAGAGAUAGGAGAACCACAAGAGGAUAGUGUCACAGAGACCGAGUGAUUGAAGAGUUUGGAGAAGGAGAACAUGAUCAACAGUGUCAAAGGCAGCAGAGAGGUCAAGAAGAAUUAGUAUGGAGUAGUGGCCUUUGGAUUUUUUUUUUUUAAAUUCUUUAUUUUUGUUGUGCACAAUAGUAACAAGUAGCCCUGGUGCGCCACAACAGCGACAUCAGGAUAGGUUGGAAAACAUUUGCAAUACAGGUUGUGACAUAUGCUAGUCAGGCACAUAUUUUAGGUUAUUAGGAUUAUUAUUUCAACAGUGUAGUUCUCGCUUGUGUAACUAUAAAACAUCAUUAAAACAAUAUUGAGGCAUCGCUUGGAACAGUGCAAUAAAUGUUGUACCAAAAUACUAAUUCGUAGCUCAGGCUAUUGCGAUUAGACUAUUUUGCUGCUGGGUAUGUGGUAACAUGCUAAUCUGCUGAACCUUAACUACAAGUGGACACAAAGGUGAUUAUGAAUCGCAGAUGAGAACUUAGACUAUCUGGUCCUGAACUAAACAAUAAAUAACAAGAGGUAGUCUUUGGCAUAUUUUACGGCAUCUCUGUGUAGCUAGGCUAUAUGUUUGGCCAGCAUUGUCCACUUAAAACACUUAGUCUAUGCAGUGAUAUUUAUAUUUACGAGGUGUGGGUAGUUCAUAUGUCGAUAGUUGUUGCUGGCCGUGAACGUGCCCUCCAGAUGUAAGUGUGGCAUGUUUACUUGAGAGGCACAGAGGUAGGCUCUUCAGCCGAUGCCCAGUGGAUGGAUAUGUCUCUUGUCGUCAGCGUUGGUCUCCUUGAAGGCGUCCCCUAACUGGGGCCCAGCUCCAGUGGUGUUCAGUGGGGUGUUCAGCCAUGCAGCUCCCCGGUUUGCAGCUGUGACUUGGAGGGAUGGAGGUGAACUUUGCUGGACGCUGGUUCCCGGAGCCGUUGAGUAGCUUAUGUGGGAGGCUGGUUUGGUAGUCUCGUUCUUGUGAGUGUGGGGACCAGUGUGGUCGCUCCUGCAGCAUGGUGGCGUUUUCCACCCGUGGGCUUGUCGGUGUUUGCAGGGUCUGGCUGCCGUUCUGGUUGCUUGUAGAGGAUACCUAUAAUGGCGCCGCCGGGUCACUGGACGGAGCCAUGUAGCCACUAGUUUCACCGCCAGACGGUGAGCCAUUCCACGGUCGCUUAGCAUGGUCCAGAGGCUCGCGCAGAAUCGGUCGAAUUCCCCCAGGGGAUUCGAGGUUGGUUGAGCGUGUGUGCUUUGUUUUUGGUGCCUUCGCUGGGUGGCCAUCUUAGCUGCUUCCCAGUGACCCGAUGAGUGCUGGUGCUGUUCCGGCUGUGUUGGACAGUCACUUCUGUAGUUGAUUCGCUGUGUUCCAGGCUUUAGUUGCCGGGAUAUCCCUCUCCAGCAGGGCGGGAGGAAAUAUGCCGGGGAGACCUCCAGGUAAGUGGUUGUAGUCUAUCGCUUUGUCUGGGUAGGCCUCUAGUAGGCCUCUGGUCGAUCCCCGGUUUGGAGCCUCUGAUUUUGGUCGGAAUGCUUGUUGCUUGGUUCUGCAGUGUUAGAGCUCCCUUCUCCAGGUCGCCUAGUUGUCAAUUUGGUGAGUUUGUGCCCUGAUUCUGGCCAUUUGAGAGAGCUUAUGCACGGAGCUCAUCUCCAGUGCGACCGCUCAGCAUGGCAGCUUAGCUCUGCCCCCGUGGCCUUUGGAUUUAAUUGCGAUUAGGUCAUUUGUAACUUUAAUAAGAGCAGUCUCAGUAGACUGGAGGGGGUGGAAACCAGACUGAAGAGGGUGAAGGAGAGAGUUGGAAUUCAGGAAGCAGACCAGACGGGCAGAGAAAAGUCUUUCCAGAACUUUGAGGAAAAAGGGAGAAGGGAUAUGGGACAAUAGUUAGAAGGGGAGGACGGGUCGAGAGAUUAUUUUUUUUAGGAUGGGUACUAUAGUACCAUGUUUAAGGGCAGCAGGGACAAUGCCAGAAGAGAGAGAGAUGAAGAUGUGUAUUAAGGAAGGUACAAGACAAGGGAAGAAAGAUCUGAUGAGGUGAGAGUGGAUAGAAAUCUGAUAAGGUCAAGCGGGCAAGUGAAGGCUGAGAGGAAAGGAGAAGGGCAGCCACCUCUUGUUCAGUAGCCUAGGAGAAAGUCUGAAAGGUAGAAAAGGCAUGAUCUAGGUGUCACUGAGAAAGAGAGGGGCAAGGUGGGGAGAAUGCUUUCCUUUGCUGUUUAAUCUUGUUGGUAAAGGAAAAUACAAAGCUAUUGACUGUAAGGUUAGUUUGGGGGGUGGACACAGGAGGGCGAAGAAGAGAAUUAAAGUUAUCAAAGAGAUGCCUGGAAUUGAGGGUGCAUACAAUAAUGAGAGAGGAAAAGUAUGACUGUUUGACAAGGCUGUGCUGUAUAAACGCAAAAUUAAUUUAUAAUGGAGAAAGUCUGACUAGGUGCGAGAUUUGCUUAGAGCAGUAAAGCUCACUCAAUGCUAUCACUGGCUCAACUGUGUACAUACAUUGACCAGGAAGUCUUUUUUGUAGAAAGGAAGAGGUGUGACUAAGGGGCAGGCUUAUAAUGCAUCUUUUUGCAAAACAUUUUUUUUUGUACAAACAUGUGAUGAAGCAAAAAAUAUAGUGUGUUAGUGUUGCAAUAGUAAUAUCAAAUAUGUUAAAGCUGUGCUGGUAACCGGAGUUAACAAUUAGGUAGGCAAUAAGGACCAGCUGUGUGCUGUAUCAGAGAGCAUCCACAACAGCCACAGCGGGUCCUGCAUGGUCAAUCCUAUGAUGGUUCUGACACAAGGUUAAUUAUUGAGCACAAUUAACAUGGUUAUUAAUAAUUAAUAACAUCGUCAUCUAGACCACAGGGCAUUUUUGAAAACAAACAAAUGCUAAAUAAAACUUUCCUACCAGUACUAUUCUUAUUUUACUGGUCUCAUCGUUCAGGCUCAACGCAAUGUUCACUUCGACAAGUGUGAUAGUUAAUCCAUUUUAUUGUAUCCCAAAGGAAUGGAACAGUUUUUCUAGCGUUAGAACAAUCAAUUUAGUUUUGUAUAUGAUAUUCUCAUAGCUUCCCUGAUUGAUGAUGUAUACAUGUUGCAGACGUUGCUGCGAUGGAAACAGCAGAGGACGCAGAGCCAAGAUGAACGAUUGCAUGUUUUGUCGUCCUUAAACCAAAUGUUUCAUGGUCUGCAGGAAGAAAGUGGGAUAUUCUUAAUCAAACCAGUGCUGUCUUGGGCUAGAAGGUAACGUCUUUCACUGUAGUCAAUCCAGGAUUGAGAAGAAUAAUUGUCUCAUAUUUAUUCUAGUUACAUUCCAGUGUUAACACAGUGCUAACAAGGGCAAAGCUGCUUACCAUUCAGCAAUGUGAAAUAAUAAAUAAGAGUAAUGAUGGGCAAAGUUCUAAAGCUUGGUUAUCCAUAUGGAUAGCAUGUUGUUACUGUGGUGAUUGCUCUCUGCUUAGAACUUUGCUCUACAAUUUUUCACAUAAAACGCAAAGUAUUUUCAAAUUUUGUAUCUCUAUUUAGAAUGCUUACAACGGCACUGAAGGUACUAUAUCAAUUUCAUCAAAUUGAAUUUGUUACAGUGCCUGGAGGCCUCUGGCGCUGUCUCUAAAUUCAGUGUUAAACAUUUUUUCCACACAGCCCAACUCAUACCAGCAAUAGGCACUGUAAUAGGCUGAAAGUGGUCAGCUGACACUCUCAUCCAAUCACAUACACCCAUUGCUACUCAUGCAAAUGCUUCCUGAUUAGCCCAAGCAGCAAAGAGGGGACCGGGCUGCUAAGGAUUCUUAUUUAGCAUUAAAAUGGCAAAAACUGUUUAAUGCUAAAUGGAAGUAUGGUGCCAGGGUACUCCAAAAACUAUAACCACUUAAAUGAGAUGAAACAGUUACAGCGUCCUUUUAAUUUAACAUUGAAUUAGUUGAAGGUUGACAGUGUUGGCAUUAUGAGAGCCCGGAAGCCGAAUAAGACAUGUAGGCACAGCCAAUAUUUUUAUCAUUUAUGUCGGCUUGUUCUAAAGUCAGAACAUACCAUAUAUUACCUAUUAAAAAUACAGUGAAUUCAGUUCAUAUUUAAUUAUUAUUUUUACUUGAAAAAUUAAAAUCCACUGAUCACGUGACCAGCAGUUCCAUCCCUAUGUGCUUUCUUGAAAAUACAAUAGAAGCAUUUUACAUUCUUUAAUUUGUUUGCAUUUAGCUCAACAGUGUUGGAGGGGCAGAGACAACCACACCUUCAGGAUAAGGCAUUCCAAAAAAGAUGUUGGAGUCUCAACAGUGCCUCUGUGGACCAGGUAUAUGUUUCAGGAGUCAAAGGAACUUUAUUUACCCAAAGGGUAUUGAUAAGGCAGUACUUGACAACAAUAUAUGGAUACAGUAAUGGCAAUAAAAUAAUAUAAUGAUGUGGAAGCGUAGUGUUCUGGGCAAUAGCUAACUACUGUAAUAAUAAGACAAAUUGUUUCCAUAGUUACUGUAAUUUUAUCUACCUGACAGUUUACAUGUAUAUGCUAAGCACCAAAAAAACUUCAGCUUAAUGAAGUGGUUUUGGUGCACAGAUCAUGGCCCCAUGGCUGGAUUAAGAGCCCAGUGGGCCUGGUGCUGAUAAUUAUGAUGGGCCUAAUUACAAAAUCUUAUUGACUAAAAACACUAAAACAGUCCUACCUCCUAAGCAUCAUGUAUCUGAUGGAGAUGGUGCUGGAGGGAAACUCAUAGGAUGAGACUAUGAGAAAACACAUACCCUUUGCUAAUCUCACGCUUUCAUCUUUCAAGUCAACCCAUAUCCCCUAACAGCAGUGUCCAGUAAAGCAGGAAGUCUAUGGAUGCGGUAAAAGGGUGGGCCACUGACACAAAUCACAUAACCAGAACGGCCGCAAGGGCGAACAUACACAAAAAGGGGGCAUGUCACUAGGACACUAGGGGACAUUGAGAGACAUGGGGACAAUGAGAGACAUGGGGGCACAGAUAUUAGGGAACACUGGGAGACCUUGGGACACUGGGUGACACACAAGGGGACACUGGGAGACAUGGGGCACUGAGACACUGUGAUAUAGGGGACACUGGAGACUUGAUAAAGACCUGAGUACAGGUCAAAAUGUUGCAGUGUCCAAUAAACCUGGCUAAAUCUAUCACAGUGAGUGCCUUAAAUUUUUUUCUUUUAUACUAGGGGACACAGACACUACGGGCACAGAGACACUACGGGCAGAGAGACAUGGGGCACUGAGAGACAUGGGGCACUGAGACACUCUGAUACAUAGGGGACACUGAUACAUAGGGGACAUUUGAGACUUGAUAAAGACCUGGGUACAGGUCGAAACGUUGCAGUGUCCAAUAAACCUGCCUAAAUCUAUCACUGUGAGUGCCUGAGAUUUUUUAUUUUAUACUAGGGGACACUGAGACUCUAGGAGACAUGGGGACACUGGGAGACAUUGGGAGACUAGGGGACUUUGGGAGACUAGGAAAGACUGAGACACUAGGGACACUGGCACACUACAGACACUGAGAGACACCAGGGGGAGUGAGUGCCCCAUGUUUCCUAGGUCUCAAAGUCGCCCAGUGUCCCCAUGUCUCCCUGUGUCCCCCAGUAUCUCUAUGUCUCUCAGUGUGCCCUAGUGUCUGUGUCCCCAUGUUGCCCAGUGUCCCCUAGUGUUUGUAUCCCCAUGUCUCCCAGUGUCCCUUAGAGUCUGUGUCCCCAUGUCUCCCAGUGUCCCCAUGUCACUAAGACACUAAAGGGACACUUAGAGACAUGGGGCCACUGGAGACAUGGGGCCACUGAAACACUAGGGACAGUGGCUGGGAGACAUGGGGACACAGACAAGGGGCCACUGGGAGACAUGGGGCCACUGUGUCCCUAGUGUCUCAGGGUCCCCAUGUUCCCCAGUGUCCCAAUGUCUCAGCUUCCCCAUGUCUCGGAGCUGCUGUCUGGACUCUCAGUGAAUAGAGAGAGGCAGGGAGGGAGAUGCCGUAACCUCUUAUACCUGCCUCUCUCCACACAAACAGCAACGCCUACUGUCCGGCGUUGGUAUUGCAGAACAAUCUCUGUUUAUACUGAGACAGAUUUGUAUUGCCGGUAUUACUGCAAUACCGGCACCGGCUAGGCAGCCUCAAAUACCUGAGAAAUACUUCUGAGAAAUACCUGGCAACCCUAAGAAAUAUAUGAGAAAUACCUGGCAACUCUAAAAGUAGUGUGUUAAAAAAAAAAAAAAAUCAAAUGGAGCUGCAGCUCCAUCAGCCCCAUGUUAAUCCGGCCCUCAUGGCCCUGCAUAUAAGCCACGCCAUGUAAAGGAAACAAUGUCAAUUUGACCACAUUUGUAAGUAAUUAGCAGCAGAUUCAGAAUUCCACAUAUAUAUGUACAAUAAUUUGAGAGCACUGAAUGCCACAAGAAGACAUCCAUUGAUGUCUGUUAUAUCACAUCAUACGCAGUAUAUAAGCAGAUUGACCUAAUCAAUUAUAUAUCACUGUUAAAUCUGUUUUUUUUGCUGUAGAGUAAAGACAUUCUUACGUGCAGCGGCAAGUACCGAAGUGUGGUCCCCAAGCAGUGGAACUACAUGCACACUCACAAGGAGCUGAGACCCUUAGUCGUAACUCCCAAAUUAUUGGAAAUGGAUGUGCACAAUUACUUGUGCAAUGAAUGUUGGUGAGUAUAAAUUAGUGAAAAGUGCUUCAAUGUAAUUGUAAAAGUAAAAGUAUUUACUGGGAUGCACUGAGAUUUUAAGUCCCGCAUUAGUUGUACGUUCUCAAUAAUCAUUCACCAUAACAACUUACAUGCAUUUCAUAGGUUUGCUCUUAUAUAAUUUUUUCUCAACAUUCACAUCUCUUCAGUUUUUCUAAAAAAAUUUUUAAAAAAAUCUAUAUAUAUAGCUACAGUGAGGGGGGAAAGUAUUUGAUCCCCUGCUGAUUUUGAAUGUUUGCCCACUGAUAAAGAAAUGAUCAGUAUAUAAUUUUAAUUGUAGGUGUAUUUUAACAGUGAGAGAUGGAAUAACAAAACACAAAAAAAAAUCCAGAAAAACGCAUGUCAAAAAAGUUAUAAAUUGAUUUGCAUGUCAAUGAGUGAAAUAAGCAUUUGACUCCUUCGACUUAGUACUUGGUGGCAAAACCCUUGUUGGCAAUCACAGAGGUCAGACAUUUCUUGUAGUUGGCCACCAGGUUUGUACAUAUCUCAGGAGGGAUUUUGUCCCACUCCUCUUUGCAGAUCCACUCCAAGUCUUUAAGGUUUCGAGGCUGGUGUUUGGCAACUCGACCUUCAGCUCCCUCCACAGAUUUUCUAUGGGAUUAAGGUCUGGAGACUGUCUAGGCCAUUCCAGGACCUUAAUGUGCUUCUUAUUGAGCCACUCCUUUGUUGCCUUGGCUGUGUGUUUUGGGUCAUUGUCAUGUUGGAAUACCAAUCCAUGACCCAUUUUCAAUGCCUUGGCUGAGGGAAGGAGGUUCUCAGCCAAGAUUUGACGGUACAAGGCCCCGUCCAUUGUCCCUUUGAUGCGGUGCAGUUGUCCUGUCCCCUUAGCAGAAAAACACCCCCAAAGCAUAAUGUUUCCCCCUCCAUGUUUGACGGUAGGGAUGGUGUUCUUGGGAUCAUAGACAGCAUUCCUUCUCCUCCAAACAUGGCGAGUUGAGUUGAUGCCAAACAGCUCGAUUUUGGUCUCAUCUGACCACAACACUUUCACACAGUUCUCCUCUGAAUCAUUCAGAUGUUCAUUGGCAAACUUUAGACAGGCCUGUCCAUGUGCUUUCUUGAGCAGGGGGACCUUGCAGGAACUGCAGGAUUUCAGUCCUUCACGGCGUAGUGUGUUACCAAUUGUUUUCUUUGUGGCUAUGGUCCCAGCUGCCUUAAGAUCAUUAACAAGAUCUUCCCGUGUAGUUCUGGGCAGAUUCCUCACUGUUCCCAUAAUCACAGAAACUCCAUGAGGUGAGAUCUUGCAUGGAGCACCAGACCGAGGGAGACUGACAGUUAUUUUGUGUUUCUUCUAUUUGCGAAUAAUUGCACCAACUAUUGUCACCUUCUCACCAAGCUGCUUGGCGAUGUUCUUGUAGCCCAUUCCUGCCUUGUGUAGGUCUACAAUCUUGUCCCUGGCAUCCUUGGACAGCUCUUUGAUCUUGGCCAUGGUGGAGAGUUUGGGAUCUGAUUGAUUGAUUGCUUCUGUGGACAGGUAUCUUUUAUACAGGUAAUGAGCUGAGAUUAGGAGCACUCCCUUUCAAAGAGUGCUCCUAAUCUCAGCUCGUUACCUUUAUAAAAGACACCUGGGAGACAGAAAUCUUGCUGAUUGAUAGGGGAUCAAAUACUUAUUUCACUCAUUGACAUGCCAAUCAAUUUAUAACUUUUUUGACAUGUGUUUUUCUGGAAUUGUUUUUUUGUUACUCUGUCUCUCACUGUUAAAAUACACCUACCAUUAAAAUUAUAGACUGAUCAUUUCUCUGUCAGUAGACAAACGUUCAAAAUCAGCAGGGGAUCAAAUACUUUUUUCCCUCACUUUAUAUAUAUUUAUUUGUAUUAUUAUUAUUAUUUUUUUAUAUAAAAAUGGAAACAAAUAUUUUAUAUAUAUAUAUAUAUGUGUGUGUGUGUGUGUGUGUGUGUGUUUUCUUUGUUUUACGAUGUCAUGUCUUGGAAUAAAUAAAGAAUAAAAAUAAAAAAAGUACAUUUAUAAAGAAUUUCACAUUUAAGGCCAAAUUAGCUGAAUUAGAAAAAUCAGCUGUGCUUCCAGUUUGGCAAAUUUGGCCUAAAAUUUGAAAUUGACUUAUAAUUCACUUUGAACUCAUUAUGAAUUGUCUGGCUUGGUUAUAGCAGUAGAAUCACCAUCUAGCGGGUAUCAGGAAGACAUUCACUAGAGGUGUGUUUAGCGCUGCAAUGCAAAAAGGCAAUGAUUUACCUUGCAGGACUAAAACAAGACCACUGUGCCCAGACCACGUCACUGAAAUAAAGUGACCAGACUGUCUUCUAAUUAGCAAAUUAUGUAAAUAUAUCCAUUUAGUGGAUUACUCAGAAUCUUUAUUUAAACAAUGUCCGUCCUGUAUUAAGACAUUGUGUAGCCAAGUUGUUUGCUAUAGAUGAUAUUACAAUGUUCUACCAAUUAUAAAGUUAGAAUUAUAAAGUGUUUCAUUGCGCUGGGGUACGUUUUAAUGCUAACCCUCCUUCUAAACAAACAUAGCUUUUUCUCGGAGGGAUAUAAUUUAUUGUAAAUGAUAGAGCGAUAUCAUUUCUCUGUUACAGUGUGAUGUCAAAGAUCCAUAAUUCUCCCUCCCGUUUUCCUCCCGUGUCAUCCACUCCUUUAAGAAACAUGCUGGGGGUCCGACGUACAUCCGUUUUCCCUGUAUUGUGAAUUUUGGAUGCAAGGCGCUCAAAUGUAAUUCCAAGGAGCUCAAAUGUAAUAUUCUCAAAAUAUAUGUAAAAGGUGGCCGAUAAGACGACUUUAUGUAAAGCAGUGCAGUAUAUUGUAUAUGUUGCUUCGGUUUUUCAUCAUCCUCUGACUUUGUGUUGAAAAUGUUGCUGCUAUAAGAUUUUUUUUAAUUUCAUUUUUAUUACUAUUCCACAAGAUGCUCAUAUAGGAGAUAUGAGAUAAUUGAGGGUCGUAAAAAUAGACUGUUUGGCACUGCUACUAAAUAAAGGUGUCCUGUGGCUCUCCAGUGCUUAAAAGGUUCAGUGGCCUUUUGUCAUGGCCAAAUCUUGCUUAUUGUCUGAAGCAUAAUGGAUAAUCCUUGGCUGCCAGGGAAUCUUCUUAUAUCGUCAAACCGCUUCAGAUCUGUUUUACAAACAUCUGGAAGGAUUGCACCAACAUCCACUGUGCACCAUAAGCACUACAAUACGCCAAAGUGGUUAAUAUAAUUGAAAAGACCAUUUGAUUAAAUAUAGCAGUCACCUAUUUUUUUCUAGUUUAUAAAACUUUGAAUAACUUCAAAAGGUCUACCUUGUUUUAAAUCAGAACACUCCAAUUCAGUCAAUAUCUCACAACUAUGACCUAUUACAUUUACUAUAUUUUCUAGCAAAAAUAUCACAAAGUGAGCCUUGCCCACUUAAAAAGACAGGAAACUAUUUCUUAUUUAAUGAAUAGAUAACUACAAGCUUUUCUUUUUUAAUAUUAGAAGUGUGAUAAACAAGUUAAACAAGAAUACGCGUAGCACCAGAAUUUGUGUAAGCAUUGCUCAAAGUAUUUCUCUUCCUUCCUCAAUUAACAGACACCUUAAAACUUUCACAAUUGUCAGAAUGUACAAAAGUAAAGCUUUAACAUAAUUUGUUAAUUCUCCUGAUUAUUAAUAAGAUUAACGUAUUAAUGGCAGAAAUACUGUUCUCUAAUGUCAUUAGAUUGUCUAUUUAAG